UCAUUUGGAUCCGUAACUAUCAUUCGGAUCUGUCACUGCAACAUAUCGGACAGAGAACUAAAAUUUCGUUACAAGAAAAAUCAAAAAGAGAGACAAAAGAAAUUCAAGUAGUUGGUUUCUGUUGAUGAUGACAGCAACAUGGUAAAAUGUCUAGAGUAGUUUCAACGAAUUGUUUUAGCACGUUCAGACGCGUCAAGAGACAUCUGUGGCCUGUUAUUUUGUUGCUACAUCUUGCUACAUAUAGUGAAGCAAUUCUGCCAUAUUGUCCUACUGAUUCAACAGCCACAAUCAGCUCUCCUUGUAGAUACUUACCAGGAAAACACAACUAUCUCUCUCUGACUAUAAAAAGUGAUGUAUUCUUUGAGACGAGUGCAAUAGCCAGCCAUCAUACUUUAAAAGUUGGUCAGACAUUAGAGAUAACAUCAAAUGCUAUCCUUCAAAUCGGGUUUAAUGAGGGUAGCUUGAAUCAAGGUAGCGGUGUGAGCCACUCUAAUGGGGGAACAGGAGGAAGCUUUGGAGGACGUGGGGGUGCUUCAUCAGGGAUGACGCUGGCUGCGUCUCAAGCUAUACCCUAUGGUAACCCCUUCAAUGUUUCCUCACUUGGAAGCGCGGGCGGAGGGACAGGCUAUGGGAAAGGUGGUGGAUUCUUACAACUUGAGGCUCGUAAGCUUAUUCUCAAUGGCAUCGUGAAGGCUCCUGGUGGGACAGCAGUGUCAAGUAAUGGCGGUGGAGGUAGCGGUGGUGGGGUUGCUGUGUACUGCUUUGAAAUUGAUGGUAGCGGUAAGGUAGAGUCUCUAGGUGGUCUCGGUCAUGGUUCAGGUGGAGGGGGGAGUGGUGGUAGAAUAUCAGUUACCUACCAACAUGGUGCUUAUCAAUGGCUGGCGCAUUCCUAUGGCGGCAAAACAGCUCGUGAUGUCAGUUCUCAAUCUGGAACAAGGUCUGCCAGUAGUGAAUACAGGGACUGGCGGAUUGGGAAAUACUACGCUUCUCAUGGAAUACUUAACUAUCAAGGCUCCACAGGUGGUUGGAAACCGAGCCAAAACUCCAUCAAUGAGUAUCUUGAGGUAACGCUAUCCAGAAAAGCUUACGUGACAGCUGUGGUAACACAAGGACAAUAUGGUGGAUCUGAAUACGUCAAAACGUACUUCAUCCAAUAUAACGACAUUGAUGUACCUUUACUAAGGAAUUACAAAGAAAAUGGCGAAAGAAGAGUUUUUGUUGGAAACUCUGAUACAAAUACAGCCAAACGUAACACGUUGGCAUUUCCUGUUCAUACAAAAACCAUUCGUUUUGUUCCUUUAACGUGGAAUCAAGGGAUUGUCAUGCGAGUGGCUGUCGAGGGGUUUGUGUCAGAUCCUUCAAACCUUCCAAAAUGUGAUUACAUCCCUCAAGAUGAUUCUCCCGAGGCUGGUGGUCCAGGAACAAUAUUUAUCAAUGGCUUUAAAAAUGGCCUUCCACAACGUACACUGCUUGUUGACAACAUAGGCUCCAGUUCAAGGGUCAGUUCUUCGUCUGAUUACCAGUUAUUCAAGGAAUCAGGUGCGGUGGCCUGGGUUCCAAUAUCUUCUAGUCCUCCUCAGAUUGAAAGGGUGUCAUUGUCACGUGGUGCCCAGCUCCUACUUACUGGACCGACCAAUGCACAGUUCGUUGUUAAUGACGUUGCUGACGAUGGUACAGGACAUCUUUAUGUUUCCUCAGGCGUACGACUACAGAUCACUAGCGUCCUUUCACCCUGCACAAAAGUCUUCAAUAAUGGAGAGUUAGUAAUAAGUCAAGGCUCCUCGGCUAUUUCUAUUGAAAGGUCAUUGGCGUUACAUGGGAAGUUAUCUUUACUUAACAAGCCGUCUCUUUCAUUUGGAAAACAUGGAGGGGAGCUAAUCGUGUUUCCUAGUUCUUCUCCUAAGACUUUACAAUUCACAAACUUCUCCAUUGAGCCAAACGCAGAGAUCGUGCUUAAGAGUUACUCGAGUGUUGCUUCCAAUUGCCGAUGGGAAUUGCUAGCAAAGAAAAUCGUGUUAAAAUCUGGAGCGAAGAUGUCCGUAGGAUGUCACUUAGCUUUCAUUGGUGACGAACUUCUCCUGGAAGAAAAGUCAAAGUUAAGCAUCAAUGGUAGUGAUUUGGUAUCUAACUUCACUUUGAAUAAGUUGGAAAUUAACGGAAACUUUCUUCCUGGCAUUGCAUCAAUUGGUGUUGGACUUUAUUCAGUUGUGAUCCAUGACCAAGGAUUAGUGAAGCUUCGUACGUUUGGCGCAUUCAGUGUUAAUAAUUUGGUUGUAGAUGGAAAGUUAUCCUUUGAUACUGAUGUUUACAUUCGUGGUCGAGCUUCUUCUGUAUCAAGCAACAUUUCUAUUGGGCCUAAAGGUCAUCUUGAGAUUGCCACUACCUCUCAAUCUAAUUUUGUAAAUGGAACAUCUAUUGUUCAUGCCCAAGAUGUUACUAUUGCAGGGGAAUUCCUGGCUAAAAAGCUAAGCAUUGACCCUGGCUGGAAAACGUUAACUAUCAAUGAUGGUGGAAAGUUUUUGUUCAGUCCUGUUAAACCCUUUUCAUUCAACAACAUACUCAUUAAUGGAACUGUAACAUCUCAGGGACCUCUGCAUCUUAAAGGCCUUUCCCAAAGCUUUAUUCCUCAUUUGAAGAUAGGAUCAUCUGGCAUUGUUAACAUUUCGUCUCAUAACACAUCUGUUAUCCAUGCGGAAUCUGUCACUAUUGCGGGAAAGGUAUUUACUAAGAAACUUAGCAUCGAACCAGGAUGGAAGAUAUUGACAGUCGAAAGGACUGGAACUUUUCAGUUUGAUCCUGUGCGUCUUUUCUCUAUAGAUGAAGCAACUAUCAAUGGGAAAGUCAAUUCACUGGAUGCUAUAACACUGAAAGGUUUUACACAAAAUGCAAUGACACAGUUGAAGGUUGGACCCACUGGGGUUUUCAAUGUCACAUCCAAAAAUAUAACAAAAAUCUUGUGUGAUGUUGUAACAGUAGAAGGGGAGCUAAAGAUCGGUCUUCUUGACAUAGGAGCAAGAUGGAAACAACUUAACGUUCUGGGGAGCUCAGCUCAGUUUUAUUUUAAAGCCAAUACUGCUUUCAACAUCGAUUUCGUACGAGUCAGUGGAUUACUACAUACAGACACUAUAUUUGGAUUUAAUGCACCUUUUACUUCCCAAAACUUCACCGUUGAUUCUGGUGGAACGGUUAAUAUUCAUCACAGAGGAGCUCCACGUGGCGUUGAUCAAGGUGCUUCUGAUACAUUUCUACGUGUGAACACUCUAGAAGUCAAGGGGAUAUURCAAUCAGGUUCUCUGACUGUUAACGCGUCACGUGACGUCCUUAUUGGUKCAUCAGGACGAGUUGAUGUCAGUGGUGGYGGCUGUGCUAGCGAUCAAGGUCAAGGAGCUGGAAAAGGCUCGUCCAGUGGAGGCUCAGGGGCAAAUUAUGGAGGAAGAGGAGGAAGAGGUGGAGGAAUAAGAGCAUCUGGAAAAACAUAUGGUGAUAUCUUUUCUAGAGGGACUUGGGGUAGCGGAGGGGGCCAUGGAGACUCCUCUGGUAGUGGGGGGCGCGGUGGUGGACGCAUACGCCUAUUUGUCAACAGAACACUCAAUGUUGAUGGUCAGUUCAAAGUAAAUGGAGAUCCAGGAAGGUCRACUGACGCCGGAGGGGGAAGUGGAGGAUCAUUUUGGUCCAACGCAAAGUUUUUUACAGGAUCUGGUCGUAUCGAAGCUAUAGGCGGGAACGGGAUCGGAAACGGCGGCGGGGGGUCUGGAGGUCGUAUCAAUGUCUUCUAUGAGAUUGGUGGUUUUCCUAGUGAUGGAACUGUAGCUAAUGGUGGACAGAGUUCUUCAGAGAAUGGAGGUCCAGGCAUCGUUUAYCUGCAAGGCUCACAKCCAGUGAUCAAGAACUUGAGAAUUGAUAAUAAGGGUCUCCCUGCUAUGGUCUCAAUAGAUGGAAAUUUCAACACCUUUAUCUCAAGUGGUGCUGUGGCCUAUCUWAACCCACCGAAAGAUGGUUUCGAAUACGAGUUCACGCACAUUGAAGUAUACGGUGCAUCCCAUCUAGUUUUCCCGCGCUUGAACACCCAUGUCAAGGUCGAUACCAUAUAUGGAGAUGACUCGAGUUUCAUUCACGUAGGGCCAACAACUACUCUGGAAAUGAYGUCAGUUUCCGAAUAUAGACGUAUCAAUGUCACKUGGGCGCCUUAUAUAUACAAAGGAGGCACGUUGAUGCUACCUAAUGGAACAGUAGAGUUUCGGCAAGCCGAGAGUCUGGAGUAUAACAAACUCACUCGAAGUAGUCAUGUGUCUAUUUGGGGGAGAGUUGAUGGUAGGAAAGCGCAUUUGAUGGUYGGYUAUGGUGGUACGAUCAGCUUUGAAACAUCAAGUCAUCGACGUCUAACAUUCGUUGGUAUAACCAUCCAAAAGAACGGACGUUUGGUUYUACAAAGCUCACCCUCYAACGAGUCCGAUCAAUGGAAUAUWGACGUUAUYAAAGACUAUGGUCCUGUUGGACGUGAGGGAAUGGUGACCAUUGAAGGCGAUGGUCGACUAGAGGCUCGCUCGUURAGUCUAAAGGCAGAAUCAAUYGUMGUGGAUCCAGCUGGGAUGCUCCUMCUUGACGSGAAAGGCGAAUCAUCGGGGAAAGGYCCGGGUGCUGGAUCUCUGGACGGUUCUGGUGCUGGCUACGGCGGUUAUGGUGGCAGCGGCAUAUCUACGMAACGAACUGGUCUUGGAUAUGGGGAUUUCGAGCAGCCACGUGUUUUUGGUAGCGGUGGAGGAGGUCCUAGUGAAAAAGGGGGGUCGGGAGGUGGAAUYUUAAAGCUCGAGGUUGYGAAAGCUCUCGUCGUUGAAGGUACCAUUACCUCAAGUGGUCAGUCUGGACAAGCUUCUGGCACAGGGGGUGGUAGUGGGGGUAGUAUUCUGAUACAUACUCAUGCUUUAGAGGGCUCAGGAGUUAUUGCUGUCAACGGUGGCAAUGGUAAUGGUAAUGGGGGUGGGGGCGGUGGUGGCCGAAUGGCCAUUUAUUGGAAAGACCGAGAGUGGUGGUUUGGAAGUCUCACCUCGUUUGGAGGAACUGGAGCGAGGAACGGAGGGCCUGGUACGGUGUAUUUGCAGGACAGACACGUCGGCAUCAACAACAGGACUCUGAUAUUUGACAACAGAAACCUCAAACCAUACACCAGUGAGAUAUCAAACUAUACUUUAUCCGAAUUAGACAGUGGCAGGGCGUGGUUGUUACCCAUUGGAAAGGAGUACGAGUUAGAAGAGGUGCACAUUUUACGAGGAGCACACCUUGCUCUUCAUCCUAACAUAACAAGGCCUCACGGUCUUAAAGUGCACAAGUUUGUUGGUGAUCGCACUGGUKUCCUUCAUGUUGGCGCAAAUCAAAUYGUUGUUGGUCAGUUUGCUGAUCAUGAGAAGUUCGAAGUGAAUGUAUAUGUGCACAGGACGGGACAUCUUCAUCUACCGCCAUCUUUUACAUGCUUUGGGAUUCAAAUAACUAACAGGGGUCACCUAAUGUUAGAUCGAAUGACAGUGUCUCAAGGAUGCCGCMUGUAUUUAGGUCUUACUGGCACUACAAAGCUCGCUAACAAGGAUGGCGUCUUCCAGUUCCAUUCCCUUACUGUCGCAGAUGGAGGAGAGGUUACUUCAACACAGGAAGUUGAUGACAAAUUGCUGACUAUGGUUAUUGGGGAGGUCAAUAUUCAAGGARRUGGUGAUUUUCAYAUGAAACRAUUGUACUUCGAAGCUGGUAAUUUGACCAUUGACGACCUUGGAAGACUGAGAACUGACUUCCAUGAUGCGAAGUGUACAACUGGACAAGGAAAAACAGGUACAGCAUCCUCUGGGGCUGGUCAUGGAGGAAGUGGUGGUAUUGGCUACAACCAACCACGUGUAGGCAACGCCUACGGACACUUAUAUCAACCCGCACACUUCGGUUGUCGCGGUGGAGGCGGUGGAGGACUUGGUGGUGGUGUCGUGAAUAUUACGGUGGAUGGUACUCUAAGGAUCGAUGGUAUUUUAAGCGCUAAUGGAGAUAGUGGUCAAUCCGUUUUCUCUGGGGGUGGUAGUGGUGGCAGUAUUUUCAUUACUACCAAUAUAAUGCAAGGCUAUGGAAUUGUACAAGUUAAUGGAGGUCAUGGUUAYCAAAACAGCAGCUAUUUACCCGUCAAUGGUGGCGGUGGUGCUGGAGGUCGAAUAGCUGUUUAUUUCAAAAGUAACCGUACAUUUAGUGGCUCGUUCCAGGCCUUUGGAGGGAGUGGUACGUUUGAUGGGUCAAGUGGAGGGCCUGGGACUAUCUUUUUCUACCAUCUGUUGCACAARCAUAGAACGUUAUUGAUAAGUAAUGCUGGUAGAAGGCCGUUACCCUCCAGUUUGCAAGUUAUCAAGAGCUACGCCGAUAUCUCGUUAGUYCCAGGGAGGGCGUGGCUACUUCCAUCAUCAGGCGACCACCCCUUUGCAGGGGAUCARCAAUACGUUUUUGAAGAACUACAGAUUUAUGGUGGCUCACACUUGGCUAUCCUGACUGAACCACAUAAUCGUUCUGCAUCGAUACUCUUUCGUAACAUGAUCGGAGAUCGCACUGGUACUGUUCAUAUUGGGUACAAUCAGACAAUGGACUUGCUACGAGAGACCAUCGAUUUGCCCUUCUCCGUUCGUGUUUAUCGUGGAGGUUUUCUUGGUCUCGCACCGGUCACAAUCGUUCAUGGAGUGGGUGUCCAYUUAGACGGUGUGCUAUCCUACGUCAAGAACCUCACACUUCAUCACGAUGGUUUAUUAUCACUUAAUGAGAACUCACGCACAGCUAAUSAACACRAAGAGAACGACUUUAAGUUUGACUUUAUAACUGUCCAGUACAAAGGCCUUCUGCGCAUGAUCUCUAACCCCGCAACUCAUUCUGGGAUGAACCUGACUGUAAAGUUGCUUCAUGUAGAGGGGGGAGGGAAGGUCGAAAGUAGUGAUCUACAUGUGUUCGCCGAAAAUAUUAGUAUUAAUACUGAUGGUGUGUUUUCACUCAAUGGGCGUGGCUAUUCUUUUGAUCAUGGUACGUCUACUGGUAUCAACGGCAAAAUAAACCAAGGUCGUGGGAGUUUUGUUGAUSGUGGUAGUGUGCAUAGCGGAGCAUCUGGUGGUGGGUAUGGUGGGACCGGUGGACGGGGAAAGACAUCGCCAAUUGUAGGACUUCCCUAUGGAAACCUAUAUGAGCCUUGGGAGUUUGGUAGCAGCGGUGGUAACGGSAGCGGAACGGCAGGGUCCGGUGGCGGUCGCCUCUUCCUCAACGUCACAUACCUUCUCGAAGUCGACGGUGUCGUUUCAGCAGACGGUGGGGCUGGCCAGUCCCAAGCCGGAGGUGGUAGCGGCGGAAGUAUCUGGAUAUAUACCAACAUUAUCAAAGGCUAUGGUAGCAUAACGACAAACGGAGGAAUUCCUGGCAUCACACAAUAUAAUGGGGGUGGUGCAGGAGGAAGAUUGGCUGUCUACUUCAGAAGGAAUGAGACUUUUACWAAUUUCACUUAUAAAGCUCAUGGUGGCAAAGCAAAGGUUGGUCUGGAAGACGUCGAGAGUGGAGGGCCUGGCACUAUAUUCUUGUAUCAUCUGUUUCACAACCAUCGCACACUAAUAGUCGAGAACGAUGGCCGAAGUGCCCUUAACAGACAUAUCAACUACAGCAAAAUACACCAGGAAGGAGGAAAAGCCUGGAUUAUGCCCGAAUCUGGAAUUCACAGAUUUGCCGACAGCUCACAUAGAUUCCACUUUGAAGAGCUCCAGAUAUACGGCAAUGCACAUCUCGCAAUAUGGCCACGGCAACAUAACGAUCCACGAAAUAUUUCCAUAUAUUUUAAAUACAUGAUCGGUGAUAGAUCAGGGAUGGUUCAUAUUGGGAAUAAACAAGAGAUGGACUUGUUUCGGCCAGAAAUUGAUCUUCCUUUUAGUGCUUAUAUUUACAGUGGGGGUCAUCUCGGUCUUGCRCCCGUAACAUUCAUUCACGGUGUCGAGAUUAUCGUUCGAGGUGUUUUGGCUUACAUUAAGAAUGUCACUAUACAUCAUGGAGGGAAGCUAUGGCUUCAACAUGGCGGGAGAACUCACUUAGUGGGUAUUCACAAGUACGAGUUUGAUACUGUCCGUGUGCAGGAUACUGGGCUUAUUAACGCUGUGAUAUCACCCGUUAACGACCCGGGGCUUGUUUUGACCACUCGUGCCGUAUAUAUUGAAGGAGGAGGUGUGGUUCGUGCAACUCGUUUAACGUUUGUUACCGAGAACAUAACGAUUGAUGACGGAGGGUCAUUGAUUGCUGAUGCAUUAGGAUAUAACCAUUCCCACGGUUACCAACGUAGUGGCAUUUAUGGAAAAAUUAACCCUGGUCAUGGAGUGGACUCGAAUACUGGAGCCUCAGGAGCAGGGCAUGGAGGAAGUGGUGGUCGCGGUUAUGUUAUCAGCGGUACUCCUAUUGUGGGACAGGCGUAUGGCGACCUUUAUGAACCAGCCAUGUUCGGAAGUGUAGGGGGAAAGGGUCCUGGAAAUAGGCGUGGUGGUAGUGGAGGUGGGAUGUUGUGGAUGAAUGUUACCAACGUCAUAGACGUCGAUGGUGUUGUUUCAGCCCACGGAGAGUCUGCCACCGAUAACUACAGUGGAGGAGGAAGCGGUGGAAGUAUCUGGAUGUACUGUAAAACCAUUAAAGGAUAUGGUAAAAUUACGGCCAACGGAGGAAGUGGMUCAAUGAAUGGCUACCCUGGUGGRGGUGGAGCUGGAGGGAGAAUYGCCAUCUAUUUYCAAGACAAUAAAACAUCGACAUACUUURUCUACGAAGCYCGCGGAGGAGCUGCUCAAGGCUGUCAAUUUGGUAAGGAACAUCUUUGCCAGGCAGAGGCAGGAGGUCCAGGAACAGUGUUUUUAUUCCACAUGAUUCAUACCCAUCGCACYCUGUUAAUUCACAAUGGCAAUCAAAAGCCACUUGUUUCGGCCAUCGAAGAUUAUAACGACUUGUCUAAAACUGGGUGCAUAGCGUGGCUAUUGCCUCAGUCUUCUGUUCAUCACUUUGCCAAGGGACAGGGCGAUUUCCACUUUGAAGAACUUCAAAUCUACGGCGGUGGUCACUUGGCAGUUUUGACUGAUCCCGUAGGCAGAAACACAUCGUUAUUUUUCAGCUAUAUGAUCGGUGAUCGAACCGGAACGAUGCACGUUUCAACCAAUCAGAUAAURGAUCUCAAAAGACCUGAAAUUGACCUGCCCUUUAGUGUGCAUGUUUAUCAAAAAGGAUACCUUGGUUUAGCACCGURUACGGUAGUCCACGGCGUAACCUUGUACAUCACUGGGACAGUGGCUUACAUACAAAACAUGACACUUCAUCAUGGAGGAACGUUCUGGAUCAAUGAUGGUGGAAGAACAGACGGUCAAAUUAAUAACACUUUCAGGUUUAAUACUGUYCGAGUACAAGACRAGGCAMUGAUAAGAGCUUUCACAUCUCCUACUCUUCACCAUGGGACAAAACUACAAUUACAAUCCAUGUCCAUCGAAGGUGGAGGGGUCGUUCGUGGAACCCGAUAUACGAUCCAUGCCGAAAACAUCACGAUUGAUGACGGAGGCCACAUGAAUGCUGACGGAUUAGGRUACAACUCGAGUCAUCCCAAAUCAAGCUCAGGACUACAUGGCCCUGUUAACAUUGGGAUUGGUGCAUCAUCAAGCCACGGGUCAUCAGGCGCUGGACAUGGUGGUAGAGGAGGACGGGGAACUGGCGCUCUAGUUGUAGGACAAGCGUAUGGUGAUCUAUAUGAGCCAGUACGUUUUGGUAGUAGUGGUGGUGGGAGCAGGUCUGGCGCUGGUGGAGGAAUCAUUUGGYUUAAUAUUACCAACAUUAUUCAAAUUGAUGGUGAGGUAACGGCUAAUGGAUAUGGUGGAAACGAUACGYACARCGGUGGUGGCAGUGGUGGAAGCAUAUGGAUGCAUUCKUAUAUCAUAAAAGGCAGAGGAAACAUUUCAGUACAUGGUGGAAGSGGCGGGAUAAAUUCCGGAGGAGGUUCUGGUGGUCGAAUAGCAGUCUAUUUCACUAAGAAUACAACCUUUAUCGGGAAAUUUAAAUCUUGCGGAGGAGCAAAAGGUGGUGCAGGUAACACUGAAGCUGGAGGACCGGGYACUGUGUUUUUAUACCACAUGGUACAUACACAUAGAACCUUAUUGCUUGAUAACUGUGGCCARCAUCCAAUGACCAACCGUAUUUCAAAUUAYKCYGACUUAUCACAGGAUGGYUGUCGAGCAUCCAUUCUUCCUGAUUCAGGRAUUCAUCAUUUUGCCAACCAUUCACAUKCGUUUCACUUUGAAGAGCUYCAGAUCUWCGGCGGCGCACACCUCUCUGUCCAAACCAAUCCAGUCGAUAGAAAGAUAUCAAUGUUCUUUAGAUAUAUGAUCGGAGACCGGACUGGGUUURUUCACAUUGGUAGUAACCAGAUUAUCGACCUGAAGAGACAUUUCUUAGACAUUCCUUACAGUGCCUAUGUCUACRAUGGAGGAUACCUUGGACUUUCUCAGAUAGCUGAGAUGAACAGAAUAGCUGUCCACGUUSAAGGGACKUUAGAUCACAUWACAAACCUCACACUUCUAAAUGGUGGUGCAUUGCACUGUUAUCUAACUGGAUUCACAGGCUUCGAACCACGACGUAAUUUUGUUUUUAACGAGACAGUCCGUGUAAUGGCUGAUUCGAAGAUUGAAUCUCAUAGCCCCAAUUCUCAUCCUGAUCCCUUUUUCUUGAAGGCAAAGAUCCUUCUUGUUGAGGGUGGRGCAAGAGUUAAAACUGUUAAUAUGGACUUACAUGCAAUCAACCUUACAGUUGAUGACGGUGGGUUUAUUGAUGCAAAUGAUGGAGGGGAUCUACCUAAAAGUUUCUCGAACAGGCUGAAUAACAAUGGUGCUGGACACGGUGGGACGGGUGGUAGAGGAAAGUGUGACAGCAAUGGUGCCAUUAAUACUUGUCGCUUGCAGAAAGGCUUGCCAUAUGGUAAUGUUUUUUAUCCUCAAAGCUUUGGUAGCGGUGGAGAUGGACCGAAUGGAGGGAAAGGAGGAGGAAAACUAAGAAUCAACGUUACUAAUACACUUCAGGUUGACGGUCAWGUGAUUGCAAACAGCGAUGACGUCAAGACAAACARUGGUGGUGGAAGUGGUGGMAGUAUACUCAUUGUUACUAAAGUUUUCUCUGGUAGUCAUACUGGCGCUGUUCAAUGUCUUGGUGGAUCGGGAAAACCUGGUUCUGGUGGUGGAUCUGGAGGACGAUUGGCUGUCUACUAUAAUAACACACAUACAGAUCAUCCCUAUCGUGGUAGUCUUAAUGUGUWUGGCGGGAAAGGYAUAUCAGGAGCAGAGCCUGGGGCAUCCGGAACUGCUUAUCUUAAGCAUCUUGGAACCGGGCAUUCCAUCUUGAAGGUGAACAACAACAAUCAGAAGACACUUUCCAAUAGAAUAMCUAACGAAGGUGURAAGUUGCAGCUGUCUGGUGGCAGUAAAGAUGCGUCACAGACUUAUACUUCAUCUAGUGGURUGACAGUCACCACUGGUUGUGCUUUGCGUUACUGUAGUGGUUCACAUUGUCAUACAUGCGGACGUUUCUACUCUCUUGCGUACCUUUUUGACCAAACGUUCACUUCUGGUGCAUGCGAAGGCUUUCAAUCAAACUGCAGAACAACGAACCUUGUAAUUGACUUAAAACAACUAAGGUAUAUCAACCAUAUUCGCGUCUACCCUCUCUGCCAUAUUAGAACAGACUUUAAGGUUUCGACAAAUGACGGCAGUACUACUGUUCCUGUUACCAGUAAUUUCGUUUUAAUGACAAGUGGAUGUAAACAGGGAUCGUUUGUCGAUCUCCCUGUCCGUAGAAACGCAAAGACAAUUACGUUUGAUCUGACUCGACCGUAUUCACAACAUCCGGUCCAUGUUGGGAUGACAGAGAUUGAAAUAUUUGUUGAUGGUGAAAAUGUCUAUGACAGAUACAAAUAUCGUCAGUUUGAUGGUGCUAAGACAUGGAUCGAACCUGCUUCAGGGACUAAUGAUUACGACUUUGACGAAAUCCACAUUCAUGGCUCUGCACAACUCGCCGUGUAUCCAAAAACCUCUUUAACCUCGCCUGUGACGGUUAGAGCAGGCAGAGUGUAUGGAGAUAAGAGCGGAUAUCUACAUGUUGGGUAUAAACAUUCAUUCCAAAUUGACGUCACCGACCCCGAUAUCCCGUUCGGCCUACGUGUUUAUGAAAAUGGUAGUAUUAGCAUGCCGAAACGCGCCUUCUUGCAGAAGGUUAGCGUGCAAUCAUCAGGAAAGAUAUUAGGAAUUGAGGAUCUGUUUGUUUAUGAUGGUGGCUCGUUCUAUUCUGAUUCCAAUUCAAGUCUUGGUCAAAACACGUCCGCCGGAGAGUACGAAGUAAAGACUUUACAUGUCCAGAGUGAGGGAACAUUUGAACUCUAUUCCAAUGACAAGCAACUAAACAGCCGUCUAUCAACUACAAACGUAACGAUUUACGGCGGUGGGCACUUUAAAUCUAACAAUCGUCUAAACAUAACGGCUCAUCACCUUUUAGCGGUGUAUUCAGGCGGCAAACUCAGUCACAAUCACGCCGGCUACGUAACAAAGGAGGGGAGAACUGGAAAUGAGUUUGAACAAUCGGAAGGCCCCGGCCAAGGGAGAGGAAAUACCGGUGGUGCAAGUGGUGCAGGGCAUGCUGGGAGUGGGGGUAGAGGUAAUGCUGAAAGUCGUGUUGGUCGACAUUAUGGGUCGUUAUUUCAACCAUGGGAGUACGGCAGCGCUGGAGGUUAUGGCCUUCAUUACGGUACUUUGCAUUACGGAAACUAUCGCGACGGUUCUACUAGUUCAGGCGGUAAUCGUAUUACACGUGGUGGUCUUGGCGGACAAGGGGCUGGUGCUCUUAAAAUAGACAGUCGUCAUUUCAUUCUAGAUGGACAGCUGUCGGCAGACGGGGAGUCUGGGGCUUCUCGCAGCACCGCCGGUGGUGGCAGUGGCGGAAGUUUGUGGAUCACCUGCCAGGACUUGAGUGGUUAUGGAAGGAUUUCUGUGAACGGUGGAAAUGGCUCGUCGGGAGGGGGAGGAGGGUCUGGAGGUAGGAUCGCUGUUUAUCACAAAACCAUGAUUAACUUCAAUGGAACCCUAUCUGCCAAAGGUGGCAGUAGUAACGUGGAACCAGGAGCUGCAGGGACUAUCUAUCUUGAACGGCGUAACUCAAGUAUCCUUGAAUACCGUGUGCUUAAGAUCAACAAUUWCCAUCUGACCUACCCUAUGGGACCUGAUAGAAGAGGAAAGCUGAGGCACAUUCUCAAUGGAAUAUAUAGUGAUAUAAGUAACAUUGGAGGUGUCACGUGGUUGCAUGAAUCAAAUUCCUACUCCAUGGAUGAGUUCCAUCUCCAUGGCAAUGCACACGUUGCCAUGUAUGGAAACGCAUCACAAAACCGAGUAGACUUUCGCGCCAAAACUCUAGUUGGUGACAGAAGCAGUGUUCUUCAUGUAGGUAGAUACCAGUCCUCCUCAUUUGAUGAUGUUGAUGUGUACUAUCCAAUCAAUACGCUUGUUUACCAUCAAGGCAGUUUGCAAGUGCCAAGGCGUAUGUCAUUAAGAGAGGUAUUCAUGGAGAUCAAUGGGACAUUAUCUCAUGCUGAUGACUAUACGAUUGACCGCAAUGGUGAGCUGUACCUUUGGUCCAAGGGAAACUCUAUCAAUGAACAAAUAGGCUCCUUCCGAUUUAUUAACAUAUCAAUAAGAUCACGUGGGAAGCUUGUGACCACAAGACUUCUGGGAAGUGUCCAGAGAGUGACUGUAAAUGUGACAAGACUGGUUAUAAAUGGAGGAGGACUGGUACGGUGUAAUGAUUUGAGRAUUGUAGCAGUAAACGCUACAGUUGACGUAGCAGGUGAGAUCUCUGCAGAUGGAAAAGGAUUUGGUCCAGGUCAAGGUCCRGGAGCUGGUCUUUCACGUACUGUCUACCACACUGGACCUACAGGAGGUAGUCAUGGAGGSCGCGGAGGUCGUGGAAGUCAUGGUAUCUUGUCAUCAAAGGCAUAUGGUACCAUCUAUACUCCAGAACGUUAUGGGAGUGGAGGCGGUAAUAAUGAAAGUUCUUCUGGUGGAAGUGGYGGAGGUACCAUCAUUGUAGAUGUUACUGACAUGUUCAGACUUGAGGGUCGUGUGCAUUCCAAUGGCGAUUCAUCCCGAGGAGGGGGAGGAGGGGCAGGAGGARGUAUCACUGUAAGGACGCUUCAUUUUGAUGGUGAAGGCUCGAUUGAAACCUCUGGCGGUAAAGGUGGAAGUAGAGGAGGAGGUGGAGGUGGUGGUAGAGUUGCUGUUUAUUAUACAGGAGAAAGCACCUUCAUUGGUGACUACAAGUCGUACGGAGGAAAGGGUCAUACUGAACAGGGAGGUGCUGGUACUGUAUACAUCGAGAACAGAAAAAAUGAAUCACAUCCUCAUCGAAUUCUCCGUAUCAAUAAUGGUGUUGAAAGGCAUGGUGUACUACGAGUAGACCAGUACAAACAACUUAUUCUCACUGGAAAUGUCCUCUACCCAGGCAAUGCAGUCUCUUACCAAGCACCGUCUGGGGUUAAGAUAUCAACCACUAGUCGACCAUACUGCCGCUUUUCAUAUUGUACUGAGAGUAAGUUAGGGAAUCUACUAAGCGAUGUGUCYACUUACUACUAUACUGCACACGCAUCACCUGUCAUCACCUAUGAAUUCCCGAUACCUCUCGUACURGAGUAUCUCCUGAUCUACCCAACAUGUGGGAAAUCUAGUCAUAACACUCAGCAUUAUGUCAGUGUCUAUCGUGAAAAUGACGUCAUAGUGCACUCACGUGAUUGGGUUGAUACAAGUAAUUGUGUGAAAGGACAGCCAGGAAGAGUUGAUGUUAAACAACAAGCAACCAAGGUUACCAUAUCAYUAAGAAAGGACUCUUCAGAUUAUUCAUCCCUUUCUCUUGUGAAAWUCUUUGUUGCUGAAGAUCCCACAUCUGCUGAACAAAGUUCUUACUUUCCGUCUCCAAAUGCGUGGAUCGUUGACAAGGAUGAGAGCACGAAAACRUUUGUAUUCGAAGAGCUGCACAUUGGUGGUACAGCCCGUUUGGGUCUCAGUGGUCAUAAUCUCUCUCUUGAAGCUAAUACAAUCACAGGUGACAUGAGUGGUUUGAUGACGGUACGUCGUUCUCAAAGGGUUCACUUCAAAGGCGAGGAGCACCAUCUUCCCUUUUCAUUCCUCAGCCAGCAGCAAACGAACAUUGGUCUUCCUAACUUCAUGACGUGUCGUGGUGCUGAGGUGAUUAUGAAGGGUUCUAUGGACAAAUUAACAAACCUUACAAUAGGAAAAGACUGUAGAUUCGUCAUAAAGGACUCUACUGAGACUAACUUUACCUUAAGCAACAUCGUGGUGCAGACCGAUGGUUAUUUUGCUGUCGAAAGGAAUGACGAGCAACACGUGACGUUUUAUGGGAAAAGUCUCGAUAUUCGAGGUGGAGGCAUAAUUAAGGCUAGUAGUUUGACAUUGGACUACAAAAACAUCACAGUGGAGCCGUUUGCCCACUUAUUAUCAGAUGGAUUAACCACAAAAAACCAUGGCAACGGAAUUGCAGAUACCGAGGGAUCUUCAGGUGCAGGUCAUGGCGGUCAUGGUGGUCAAGGGACCAAACAGCCUCGCGUUGGUGUUUCAUACGGAAAUUUCAAAAUACCUACAUCAUCAGGUAGUAACGGAGGCGCUGGUGUGUUCCCGUUUGUCGGUGGGCGUGGUGGUGGUAGACUAGAAAUAAUAGCACAUGAUACUUUAACAAAUGAUGGUAACAUCUCAUCCCRUGGGCUUAAGGGAUCGAAUACCCGAAGUGGCGGUGGCAGUGGUGGCAGUAUUUUGGUGUACGCAUCACGURUCCAUGGUGAUGGAAGAUUUGUUGUUUCCGGUGGUGCUGGCGACAGUUCGUCCGCAUAUUAUGGUGGUGGAGGUGCUGCUGGUCGGAUUGCUAUUUUCUAUCGGGAGAAUCAUUUCCUGGGGCAGUUCCUUGCAUCUGGUGGUGGUAGCCGGUAUGAGCCAGGAAGCGCUGGUACUGUUUAUCUUGAGAGUGUUCCUGGUAAUACUGCUACGUAUGGUCAUGAUCGUAUUGAUGAGGCAGCGCAUAUGGAUCGAAUUAAGCAAAUAGAGAAUGUAAAAGAUGCCAGAUGGGUACAAAAUAGGACGCUUUACAUCAACGCCAUUGGUAAACGCCCACGUGACCCAUCGGCAAAUCUCAGUACUGCUUAUGGUAACUUUUCCCUGUAUGGAUCAUCUCGCACAUGGCUUACUCUACAUGWCCAUGUACUUGGUGUCAAUAAAAGUGAUGUUGAACUGGAUGAAGUCCAUUUGUAUGGCGGUGCUCAGAUAGCGUUUAUCAAGCCAUCAAAACCAAGAAAUGCCAUCUCAAUUGUCAUAGGGAAAAUGGAAGGCGAUCGCACUGGCAGGAUCCAUCUUGGUUUCAACCAGACAUUUCUGUCACUUCAAUCCYACCUCCCCAUGGGCAUGAUUAUUUAUCAGGGGGGGUUAACCAUCAUGCAGGGGGAGCUUCGCGUUGCUGGUGUAACGGUUGAAGUGGAUGGUGUGUUACGAAGAUGUCAGAACAUAACAGUUGUAGAUGGUGGAGCCAUCUAUAUGAGGGAGAUGUAUGACACCAAAGGGAACCCCACACGARUUUUUAACUUCGAGUCAAUCAGUAUCCGUAACAAAGGAUUAAUGCAAGUGACCAAUCAAGAACGAGUGCGUGAGUUUCUAGGAAAAACCCUACAUGUGUUUGGUGGUGGAAAACUGUCAGCGGUUAAUMUUCAUGUGCAUGCGCAAAAUAUGACAGUUGAUGCCUUGGCGAUAGUAGAAGCUACUCUUAUUGGUCAAACAUUUUCAUUCAAAGGUAAAGGUGCUGGUCAAAACUCUCCUAGUCCAGGAAAUGCUGGAGGAGGUGGUGGUGGUCAUGGGGGACGAGGAGGACGAUCUGUGAUGUCACCAUUCACUGGCGAUUCAUAUGGCUCCUUUAUCGAGCCCCUAGAAUUUGGUAGCAGUGGUGGAUGGCAUGGUGCAAACCAGGGAGGGAGGGGAGGGGGAAUCAUUUUCCUCAAUAUCAGCGAUACUCUUGACAUAGAAGGAACUAUCCGUGUUAAUGGAGGUGAUGGAGGAAUAUACGCUGGCGGUGGUAGUGGUGGAAGUGUGUUUAUCAAGACAAAGUCCUUAGAAGGAAGCGGUACAACUCAGGCAAAUGGAGGAAAAGGUUAUAAUGAAAAUAUACUCGGUGGAGGUGGUGGUUCCGGUGGUAGGGUAGCUGUGUAUUAUAGUCAAGGGUUCUUCGACGGAGUCUUUGAAGCAACAGGAGGAUUUGGAAACGUUGAGUACGGCGCUGCUGGUACAGUGUUUAUAGAGAAAGGAGGCAACAAUACAACAAGAGGACAGCGUUCCUUGAUUGUUGAUAAUAAGAAACGGUCACCGGCUACAGCUCGGGUAAACCAAAUCGAAAAAUUAAAUCUUCAAGCCCAAGAAACUAACUCUACCAAGCAGACGUGUCUCAAUGGCAUCGUCAUUACAUCAUCGUUGCCUAGUAACGGAAUGUCAAAGCUCUUUGAUGGUGAUCAUAAUUCACCCUUUAUAGUAGAUGUGGAUAGUGUCACACUUACAGCAGAUUUCUCAAAAUCAAUGUACAUACACCAUUUGAGGUUGUAUCCGUACUGCCACGACGGCUACCGAGUCAGUUAUACCGUCUCAUCCAGACGUCCCCAAGAAAAGGGCCACACGUUGCACGAUCGAUGGACAUUUUUAGGAUGUCAUGAUACAGGGAUUUACCGUGACGUCGACAUUUCAAGCACUGUCAAUCAGAUCGUGAUAACCUUGACAAAACUGUCGAAUACGACUGCAUUGAGCCAACUGGAAUUUUACAUCGGACAGGAUAACCCAUCAUCCCUUGCGAGCUCGUAUUUGAACCAAGAUGCUUCACGCACGUGGAUUAAGUUUGAUAGCGUCGCGACGUCAUACUUUGAACUUGACGUGUUGGAUAUACGUGGUAUGGCUCAUUUAGGUGUGCAGAAUGAUAGGGGAGACGUGAAACUUGUAGUAGGAAAAUAUAAAGGUGACUUUACUGGAGAAUUGCACGUCAGGAAAGGUCAAUUAGCAAACUUCACCCUGAAUGACAACCCGUUGAUACCAUUCAGUAUUCGCGCUUACCAGAAUUCUACCCUAGUUCUACCAAAUGAAGUUUACCUUCAAGAAACUUCCAUAUAUGGUGAAUCUACCAUUAUUGGACUUCAAGACUUAGUUGUCUCGUACGGCAGUACGCUGGAUAUCACCUCGCUUGCUCGCAUAAAUUCACAUAACGAAAGCGUCAUGAAUAUGAACAGUGUAACGAUACUUAAUGGAGGACGAAUAUACCAAAGAGUGAACAAUCCUACUGAACUCAGGAUUAACCUCAAGAAAGAGCUUAAGAUCAACGCUGGUGCUGUAAUGAACGUCACCAUGCUAAACAUAACGGCCAGUGCGGUAUACAUUGAUGUGUCUGCUGUACUGACAGCUGCUGCUCGAGGUUUCAUCUUUGGUAAAGGCAAAGAGCCUGGUAUUGCGUCUACGUCCAGCGCUUCAGGUGCGGGACAUGGUGGAGCAGGGGGUCGAGGUGGAGCCCAGUUACGAGUUGGAAGAGCGUAUGGGAUCUUGGAUAAACCCAUUAACCCUGGUAGUGGUGGUGGACAAGGGUAUAAGGAUAUGGCUGGUAGUACAGGUGGUGGUGCUGUUUAUAUCAAAAGCUCUGGACUUGUGCAAAACGAUGGACUUAUUGAUGUGUCAGCAGCGCCCGCUAUUCACCAGGGUACGGGCGGUGGAAGCGGAGGAAGUAUUUACAUUGAAUGUGAUCUUUUAACAGGAAAAGGUAAAUUCUUUGCUAAAGGAGGAGGGAGUGCAAAGGCUACUGAUGUCAAGGACGGUGGGGGAGGGGGUGGCGGAUCAAUAGCUAUAAGCUUCAAGACAUCUCGAUUUGGUGGUAUUUUUAAGGCGCAUGGUGGCUUUAGCCGCAGUGAGCCCGGUGGACCAGGAACUGUCUUCUUGUCUAAGAAUAACACUCAUCGUACCUUGAUCAUUGAUAACAACGGCUACCGGACCAAUAACCUAUACAUUAAGGAUUAUAGGGAUAUAUCAARUGACGGUGGACGAGCAUGGCUUUAUCUCGAGUAUCUGAAAGAAUUUACUGUGCACCAUAUGAUUGUGAAAGGCGGAGGUCAUGUUGCUCUAAGACAUGUUGGUGAUUGUCCAUGUGUCUUGUGUGAAUGCUUCAUUACGUUAAACGUUCGCCGCCUCGAUGGUGACAGCGGUGGGAUGAUACAUGUUGGGAAAUCGCAACGUCUUAUUGUCAAUUCUGCGCCUUCACAAUUCCCUGCAAGUUUUAAGGUCUACGAACAAGGAUUUUUCGAAGUUCCACCAAAAAUGCUGCUAAGAAACUUGUAUUAUCCAAUGAUAACCCUCGAAGGAACUCUCAGCGGUUUGAAUGAGCUUUCAAUUGGGAAAGGGACUGUGUUGGAAGUCACAGAACAGGGCCGGUCAUAUGGUUAUCCUCCAAUGACACUAAAAAUUCGCAAACUGACUAUUAUGAAUAAAGCAAUUUUAACAGCCAAAUCAACCAAUAUUUCUUCUCCUACCUUACGUCUUAACGUAACUGAGACAUUUUCGGUUCUUGCUGGAGGUGAAGUGAACGGUAAAUGGCUUGAAAUCACUGCUGAACACGUCAAUAUAGAAUCGUCUGGUAAAGCUUCGGCUGAUGGACUGGGAAUGAAGAAACAGAGUGGACCUGGUUCUAGUUCAGACUCAGCAGGAGCAGGUCAUGGUGGUCGUGGGGGUACUGGUGGAAUUUCUUCAGUACCAGGUUUGGCCUAUGAUUCUGUUAAUCAACCACAAUCUCACGGUAGCGGAAGCUUAUCAGCAACAGGUGGUGGAAUAGUGAAAAUUGUGGCUAAAUCAUUAACCCUCGAUGGUGCUAUUACAGCAAAUGGUCAGCAUAGCCAACAAAACAACACUGGUGGUGCCAGCGGUGGAAGUGUUUGGUUGGAUACCAAAGCCCUUUCUGGCAAUGGACAAGCGACAGUUUUCGGUGGAAAUGGCAAGUUCUUUGGUGGCGGUGGUGGAGGAGGUAGAAUAUCCGUGACCUUCUACAAUAACAGUUUUAGUGGGUCGUUUAAAGCUUAUGGAGGCUCAAGCAAACGUGAAUCUGGUGGAGCUGGGACAAUCUUCUUGCACGACAAACAAAACAAUACGAGAAAACUAAUCGUGAACAACAACAAUGUCGGAACUCCAAUCACUGAUGACAUUAUCAAUGUUGCUUACGAUGGAGGCAAGACCUGGAUAACACCAUCAAACAUAACUCGUGCAAUAGAAUUCGAUCAGGUUGAUAUACGUGGAAAAGCACAGCUCGCUGUUCUGUCUAACCCCCCAGGAUCAUCUAUUCAGUGGGCUAUUAAAGGAUUUACUGGAGAUUUAUCUGGUAUAUUACAUAUCCAAGAGAAUCAAAGGUUAACUAUGUCUUCAAGUGGUGCAAGCGCUAAGGGAGAAAAGUUUCCUUUAGGCAUUAAUGUWUAUCCGCGUGGAGAUGUUAAACUUCCAGAGAAUAUAUUCAUCGAUGGUGUUAAAGUAAUCGUUGCUGGGAGUGUUAGUGGGGCGCAUAAUGUGACCGUUGGAAACGGAGGAAAGCUCGUUUUAAGGAAACUGACAGCACCUGAUGGCAGCAAAUCACGAGUGAUUAAAUUUGGAGAAAUUGAGAUUCAAGGAGGUGGCAGAAUUGACAUUGAAAGCGACGUAAGUGGUCUUUUUAUCCAUUGUUCAUCACUAUGGAUACGAAGUGGUGGUUUACUAACUGCUGACCGUCUUACGCUGGAGGCUCAGCAAGUUACAAUUGAACAAUCUGGAGUUAUUGACCUAAGCUUCAAGGGUAUUAAUCUCGGUCCAGGAAAAGGUGUAGCCGAUCCAUUAGGUUCAUCAGGUGCAGGUCAUGGUGGCCGAGGUGGCAAGGGGAAAGGUCAACAGAUAACAGGAAAUUCGUACGACAGCGUCUCUCGUCCACGCAUGUUUGGUAGCAGUGGUGGCGGUGGGAAGAAUCCAGGAGGUGGUGCUCUCUUAAUAAAUUCUACCAGUUUGAGGUUAGAUGGUUCCAUAAAACUUGAGGGAAAGAGCGGUCAUCUAGGAAGUACAUCAGGUGGAGGAAGUGGUGGAAGCCUCCUUAUUGAAACAAGAUCGUUUUCAGGCUCUGGAGCAAUACAGGCUAAUGGUGGGGCUGGUGGAAGUGCAGGUGGUGGAGGUGGUAGUGGUGGACGUAUAGCGAUUCAUUCAGAUAGGUAUUUUUAUACUGGCUCUGUAACUGCUUAUGGAGGAACUUCACCAAUUGAGGCAGGAGCUGCUGGUACAAUAUAUAAGAACGACAAAGCUACUGGAAAAACAAUUCUUGAAGUAUAUAAUCUAGGAAGAACACCUUUGAUAUCUCAGAUUGCAUCAUACAAUUUACUAUCAAACGAUAGUGCUCGGACUUGGCUUACCAACACGUCUUUGAUACAACAGCCAAAUAAGCUGGUAAUCGAUUAUGCGGAUUUAAGCAAAGAUGUGUAUGAGGGUAUCAGCUUUGAUGAGAUAAGGCUUGGAGGGGGCGCACAUUUAGCCUUUGAAUUUGAUCCAAAUCGUUUGCGUAUGAUUGAAAUCAAGAAACUUGUUGGAGACUAUGAGGGUGGUAAUUUUGGGUUUAUUCACGUCGGGCCAAACCAAUUUCUUGCUAUCAGAGAUACUGAUUACUACAUACCGGCAAAUUUGAAGGUUUAUAAGAACGGAAUCGCCCACAUUCCGAAUAGGAUCAUGCUUCAUAAAAGCUCACUUUCACUUGAAGGAUGCCUUAUUGGUGUGAGAGAUCUUACGAUAUCAGAAUGUUUUGUUGAUAUUGGAUCUAGUGGUUCGGCAUUAACAGUAGGGACGCCUAAAGCUUCUCAUCUUAGCAUCGAUACGAUCAAGAUUCUCAAUAGAGGUGUUCUACGUAUGACGGAUACAAAGAAUGAAUACGUUUUGAAGGUCAAAGCUUUAGAAUUGAACCCUGGCGGGACGGUAAUCGGGGCGAAUGUAACGAUACUCGCUGAUUCUAUGUCUGUUCUAGAAAGCUCCCGUGUCUCAUUCGAUGGACAAGGGACUCGGUGUGCCCCAUCUGAUGUAUACUACGCUGGCUCAGGGGGAAGUCAUGGUGGUUAUGGAGGAUUAGGAAAAACAGCCAAGAAUCGUCCAGAACCGUUUGAUUCUGUUUAUGGUCCUAAAUCGUUUGGUGAAGCAGGCCGUGCUGGUAGAGUGAGUGAUCCUUGUCAGGGUGGUUAUGGAGGUGGGAGACUUAAUAUUACCGUUAGUGCAACUCUCACAUUAGAUGGAAUCAUAUCAUCUAGGGGCAAAGCUACACGAGAUGAUAUAAGUGGCGGUGGUGCUGGAGGUGCCAUUUUCAUCAAUGCCACCAACCUGGAAGGCUCUGGUAUGUUAGAUGUGCGUGGUGGUGAUGGCGGAUCUGUGUCUGGCGGUGGAGGAAGUGGAGGGAUAGUAUCGGUAUACUACAAGACAUCUUCCAAACUCUUCUCUGCUAUAUUUAGUGGAGGAAAAGCGAACAGUAACGGGGCAUCUGGCCUUUUCUACCAACACCAUUACCUGGAAAAAGAUUCAAGGACUAAGCUUUACCUGGACAACAAUAGGCUUUUGACAACCAAUACUUCAAGUGUUCUUAUUUGCGAUCCUAAAAUAAUCGAUUAUACCUUUGAUGAAAUACAUAUUUUGAAUUCUGCUUCUCUAUACAUGAUUUCUUGUAAGUCAGGAAGUCCUAUGACGCUUAUUGCCAAAACUGUUUAUGGCGAUAACUCGGGACUAUUAAUAGCUCAACCAUAUCAUGAUACUUACAUUGGCGUUACUGGAUCUAGGAUUUCUGAAAUGGAGCUUCCCUUUAAUAUCAAGAUAAAAGAUGGAGGAACUCUAUCUUUGCCACCAAAGCUUGUCCUAGGAAAAGGUAUUAUUAUGACUGUAUCAGGCAGUCUUGUUGGGGUUAAAGAUAUUACCGUGAGUACCAACAGUAAAAUGAUUCUUGGAUAUCCUGGUCAUACCGGGUAUCGUAAACAACCAGAUAAGGGCAUUUCAACGAUGAGCUUUGUUCAUGUUCGAGUGAAGAAAGCAGGAAGUAUUGCUACCACCACUCCUGGGAAGUUGGAAAUUAAAACCGAUUCUUUUGUUCAAGACUAUGGCGCCCAAGCUGUGGUAAAUAUUUCAGCUGUCAAUAAAAAAAUAGAACAAAAAGGACCGGCUUUGAGCCGGAAAGAUUGCCCUCAUGGUUAUCAGACAUUCGCUACUGCGUCACCUACACUUUAUAAUCCUUGUGGAACAGGGUUGCACGUGUGGACUAAAUCAAACAUUUCGUACAUUGUGUCUCAUAACGUCUCGAAAACUAUCUAUAAGAUUGUAUGGGAUAACCAAGGAAAGUCAUCAAUGCAACGUAAAGUCAUUUACUACCUCUACAACGAGACAAGAUACAAUGUAACCUACAAUAUCGGAUGUAACUUUGAAAACUUUACGCUACUAGCUUCUCAAAGCUGUACGUUAAAAACUGGGAAUUAUUCAUUCAAUGUGCUCACAAUACAAGGAGAUGCUGUUUUGAACUUUGAGGCUUCUAAUAACAGACGUGACAUAACUUUCUUAACUGUUAAUAAAUUGAUCAUUAAAGCCGGAGGCACUGUUCAAGCUUUAGCCUCGAACUUUGACAACGCUGUAGCAGUUCAAACUAACCAGGGUGGGAGUUAUGGUGGUCUAGGAGGCAGUAACAUCAAUAAAAAUGCUGUUUAUGGUAAUAUUCUUGCGCCAAUGGAGUACGGUGCCUUCGGAGGUGGCACGAUAGCAUACCGAGGUAAAGGAGGCGGUGCUUUGACAAUACUGGUACAACAUUUAUACCUUGACGGUACCAUUGAUGCCAGUGGAGCGGAUAGCCAAAAUGGAGCUGGUGGUGGUAGUGGUGGAAGUUUAUUCAUCUCGAGUACAAUAAUAAAAGGUUCUGGUAAAUUAAGCGCUCGUGGAGGCUCAAGUUCUGGGAAUGGCGGAGGUGGAGGAAGAAUAGCAGUACGAGCAUCUCAUGUAAUUGAAGAUUUUCAAGGCAGUUUCGAUGUUGACGGUGGGAAAGGAGCUUCUUCUGGAGGCAUGGGAACAAUUGUGUUCAGGAAUACAGCGAAGGUGCCAAUACACGAUACUCUCGUCAUCAAAGGACAUUCAGAAAGCUUCUUACCAACAGCAGUCAAGAACUAUACCUUUGGGAAGGUAGACGUUAGAUCGGGGACUUUAACCUUAGUUCAACAGGACGUCAACAUAGAGACUCUUAAAACAAAUAAAGAUGGGAGGAUCAUUAUAACAAGUGGCAGCUUUAUGGUAAUACGUGACAUCGAUAAUGCGAACAAAGAAAUAUACAGUGACGUAAAUAUCAUGGCCGGUGGUACUUUAAAAAUCAAUGGCAAAGUGGUGUUUAAUGGAAUGAGUAAACCUACCGUCUCGGUGUCUGGGCUCAUUAUAGCAGAUCAACCAGAAGUCGGAAAGUCAAAAUACUUGGAACUUCUAGGGAAGGGCGAAAUUCGCUCAAAAACAUUCAGAGUUCAAACUAAUUCUUCAGUACAUGUUGGGUCUUCUUCGGCCAUUAGAAAACGUGUAUCAAUUGCUAAGUUUGAUCUUGACUCACUAACGUUAGAUUCCGACUCCACAAUUAGUUUUGAAAAGACUAACGUUGAACUUCGAGUAAAGAAGUUAUUAACCAGAAAAGGCGCACUGCUGACAACUACUGGAAUAACAAAGAAACUGAAUAUUAGCACUGAUGAUAUAACACUUGAAGGUAAUUCCAGAAUACUGGUUGACGGCGGUGGACUUUCAGUCGGUAUCGGCUCACCGAAGUCUCCAGGUGGUGGUGCUGGCCAUGGCGGUCAAGGAGGCGGUGAAGUUGGUGGACUAGCCUAUGGAUCAGUGUUUGAACCAAAUCACUUUGGAAGUGGCUUCAUCAAGCGAGGUGGUGGUAUUGUCUUUCUGAAUGUCAAGAACACAAUCACUAAUAAUGGACUCAUCGCCGCUAAUGGCGACUCAGAUUCCAGUGGAGGAGGAAGCGGCGGAACAGUUUUGAUUAAAGCGAACAAAAUCAAUGGACAUGGUAAAAUCACUAGUAAUGGUGGGUCAGGAAACUAUUCUGGAGGUGGCUCUGGUGGACGRAUCGCUAUACAUGUGAACGAUUAUGAAUAUCAAGGAUUGAUUUCAGCCUAUGGAGGAACAGGGAAUAAUCAUGGUGCUGCCGGAACGAUAUUUAUCAAACAUGUUGUAACUGGAAUAAUGCUGAACACUACUAUUGUCGAUAACAAUAAGCAGRAAACAAUGGCCAGGACAAUGAUAAUGCAUGAAAACAGGACAGCAUACACUAUUCGUUUGUUGCGACUUGUUAACAGUGCUCGUUUAGAAAUAGCGUCUUUGAAUAAUACCGAGAUGAAAAUCGACGUGYUGAAAAUGGAAGGCGACAACAGUGGUAAUUUGUACGUUCGAAAAAAUCAAACAUUAUCCCUGRGUGCAUCAAAAGCCGUUAGUCAGCAAUAUUUUAUGUUUCCUUGGGCAUUGAUUGUAGACGAAGAAGGUACACUAAAUCUCGCUCCGARCCUCUUCAUAAGUCGUACACACUCCACACCUUCUCUAUAUCUGGCCGGAAGAUUGAUUGGUGGUCAGGAAGUAGUAAUWGGWCAAAAUGCUUUGGUUGUUGUGGCUAAAUCUGGUUUAAUCGGCUCAUCCUCUUCAAAACCAGGGAAGUUUCUAUUCAGAUCRCUGCGUGUGUCCAGUGGAGGAAGAAUAAGAUUCGAGUCCGAUGUUAAUUCAAAGAUGCCUGUUGAAAUACGGUCAUUGGCUAUAGACAUUGCAUAUCGGGGUAUAAUGGAAGGUUCUUACUUGCUAGUUGAAACUCCUUCCCUGAACAUUGCAUUCAGUGGCACCUUACGAGCGGACGGGCUUGGAUAUGCAGCAUCCMAAGGCCCAGGAGCAGGAACACGUAACAAAGGUGGAAGUUAUGGAGGUUGUGGAGGUGGAAACUGUAAAUUGUAUGGCUCCCUCUACCGAGCACAUGAGUUUGGCAGUGGUGGUGGAAGCCUGAAAGCUACUAACAUGACCGAAGGAUACGGAGGUGGGAUAAUUGACUUAAAGGUUGAAAGACUCAAUGUUGAUGGAAUUAUUUCCUCAAAUGGUGGAAAUGGUUCAUUGUCAACUUCAGGAGGUAGCGGUGGAACAAUMAAUAUUAUAGUAGCUGUGGAAAUCUCAGGAAGAGGGAAAAUCGAAACAAUUGGUGGAGAUGGAAUGGCACCGCAAACAGGUGCUGGUGGAGGAGGGCGUAUUUCUAUCCUCGUCAACGGUCAAUAUAGAUACAGAGGGUUGUUCUAUUCAAAGGGUGGCAAAGGAGGGUCCUUAAGUGGAUCCCCAGGAACGGUAUACAUUGAAGAAAAUCGACCAGGAAUAAGAUCGAAACGACUUAUUUUUGAUAAUCGUGGCAAUGAAGACCAAACAGUUCAUGCAUACUUGAACGAGACGAGUGUMGAGUUGUAUCGCUUCAACAAACUUGGUUUAUACGGGCGAGUAGUCCUUCAUUUUGAAAAGAAUGCGAUACUAUAUAAAGUAAGCAGCGAUGAUAAAAGUACUUUGCAUGUGCAAGAUAACGUAGCUGUUACCAUUGAACCCGACUCAAAGUCUCUACAGCCUGAUUACAGCAUUCAUGUAGAUCCCAAUGGAGAAGUACGAGUUCCAGAUGUUGUUUCUUUCAGAGGGAGCGACAACAGAUUUUCUGGUACUUUAACUGGUGUCUUGGAAAUGAUUAUUGAYGUCAACCGCAAAACGCAGUUUUCAUCUACCGGAAGGACAGCAAGGUUCGUUGACGGUAAAUACACRUACAUAACUAAACGUGGAGAAUAUCUUUUCUCGACCUUACAAAUAAAAAGACUCGCCAAACUAUCUUUCGAAAAUGCAAGAUUGAAAAAGAUACCGUUAACAGUCGGGAGUCUGGAGUUAAAUUAUGGAGCUAUAUUACAGGGCAGUUGGAUGGAUAUUCAAGCUUCUUCUAUCCUGAUUAACCCUGGUGSAUUGAUURACUUAUCUGGACAGGGUGAUGUGAGUGAAUCYGGCCCAGGUGCUGGAAUAACUAUUGGAUCGUUAGGAACUGGAGCAGGUCAUGGUGGGUAUGGAGGACAGUCAAGUAAGAAUCAUGGUCUUUGGUAUGGUUCAGCGACAAAGCCGAAUGUCACAGGAAGCGGUGGUGGAAGUGGCAUGUCUGGCUCUGGAGGGUUUGGUGGAGGACUUCUGCAUGUCAAAGUGGUCAAAACAUUACAAGUUGAUGGUGAAAUCCGAGUAGAUGGACAAGCUGGAAAUGGGUCACAAAGCGGAGGAGGAAGCGGUGGAAGUAUUUGGAUUUCCGCAGAAAACAUCAUAGGUAAUGGGAUUAUUGGAAGUAAUGGUGGAAAUGGUAUUGGCAAGGGAGGAGGUGGAAGUGGUGGGCGUGUUGCCGUGUUCACGCAAAAGAUAAUAAGCUAUGAGGGUAAAUUUGAGGCGCUUGGUGGGACCGGCGCAGCAGUUGGUGCAGCGGGAACAGUUUAUAUUCAAGAUAAUAAUGAGCGACUCCCGAGGAAAAGGCUUUGGAUUAAAAAUAUAAAAAUARAUGGAAGUAGACCGGCUACUGUUCUAUCGGAACCUACUAUGCGCAUAUUCUACUUCGACGAGCUUAAGAUGACUGGAAGUGUUCGUUUUGAGAUAUCCAGCCCACCUGAGCUAAAAUUAAUUAUCAACAUCAAGAAGUUCAAUGCCGACGGAGUAGGAGAAAUGGCUGUUAAACGCAACCAAACUUUGUAUGCUGAGGUACUCGAGGCUCAAGAAAGUCAUUUGACGUUAAMAACAAAUGUCCAUAUUGAAGAGGGUGCUAAUAUGGUAGUAGCAUCAAGCCUCACAGUUGAUGGAGCCACUUUAAARAUUGAUGGAAAAAUAUCAAACGUACGUCACCUGGUAGUAGAGUCAGGAAGCAGAGUUCAAUUUGGCUUGACAUCACAAACAACUUUCAUGGAUGGUAAUAAGUUUGAAUUUCAAAGCAUCCCUGGUACACAACAGUUUGCGUCCAUUACCCUUAAGAGUGGUUCCGACUUUGGCGCACCUCAGAAUUUGAGAAUUCKGGUUAAAACACUUGAUAUGAAAAACGGAGUUAUUUUGCGUGGACGUUUUGUUAACAUACAAGCUCAGACUCUUUUGAUUGGCCGAGGYGCAGCAUUGUCCACAAACAGCGCUAUUAAUCUCAAGUCAAACUCAGGAGCCGGAUCAAGUUCAGUGUCAGGUGGCUCUGGAGGUGGUCAUGGAAGUCGUGGUGGAUCAAAUAGUGCGAACGCAAAAGGAGGAGAUCAAUUUGGCACUCUUUAUGAGCCAGAUAAACCAGGCAGCCCAGGAGGCAACGGAUCAACAGCCGGUUCUGGAGGCAAUGGUGGAGGAGCUAUACUUAUUACAUGUGAUUAUCUAUUGAAUGAUGGCUACAUAACUUCUAAUGGUGGCAAUGGCGCUUCUUCAACUGCCGCUGGUGGUGGYAGUGGAGGKAGUGUAUUAUUGAAAGUGAGAAGGGAACUUAAAGGUUCAGGAGUCAUMUCAGCCAAUGGUGGAAUUGGAGAUGGAGGGGGUGGAUGUGGUGCUGGAGGAAGAAUAGCCAUUCAUGUUCAGACUAAGUUUAACUAUCGCGGUAAAGUGCAGUCGCUCGGAGGUAUCUCUAGCAACAAACUGAUGUCAGGAGGUCCAGGCACUGUAUUCAUUAGGGAGGUGCGCUACAAGUUARAAUAUACACAACUGCAAAUCGACAACCAGGAUCAGGGAUGGAAUCACUACGUGACUUUACAAGAAAAAGCUAUCACACUCGUGUUCAAUGAGCUGCACUUGUACAAAAGAGCAUCAUUACGAAUGACAGAAGCCUUAAACAAUUCUUUAACACUUGAUAUACGAAAACUUAAUGGGGAUAAAUCCGGACUACUUUAUGCUAGGAACAACCACAAGAUAUUGCUUGAAGUACACUCUCAAAAUUCAGUUACCAAAACCCCAGUAAACUUGAAAAUUGACUCUGGUGGGGAAGUUGUACUGGCUUCAAAGACUUAUAUCGUCGGAACUGGAAAUGUUGCUCUGGAGGUAAAUGGGACGUUGUCAAGUGUUCGUGAGUUGUUGGUUACUCAAAAUAGAAAAGUUAUCUUUCAUCGAAAUGCAAGAACUUCGAGGCAAAACGAGUCAUCUGCAACUUUCUCGUUCUCAAACUUGUUACUCUACAGUGGAAGCUCUCUCACCAUGCAUGACGAGCGUGAGAUGAAAUUGAUUGUUGGAUUUAUAAACAUAAAAUAUGGCGCAAUGCUAUCAGCGCAUCAUUUAAACAUACUAACCGGAAAAAUUGAUGUUGAGACGGGUGCAAUGUUGAGCUGCGCUGGAAAUAAUGCUGCUAGAAGAGCUGUACCUUCUUCAGAAGUGUCGUAUCUGCCCAAAGGCGCAGGUGGCGGACAUGGAAGCUCAGGAGGUCGUGGMAACGGCGGUCCUGGGGGCASCUACCAUGGUUCACUUUUUCAGCCGAAGGAUUCUGGUCGUCGAGGAGGAAAUUUUAACAACACCGUUUUAGGAGGACAAGCUGGGGGCUACAUAAAAAUUGAAGCUGGUAGUGAGGUAGUCAAUGAUGGAAUUAUCACUGUGUCUGGAGAAGAUGCAGAGCCUAGUGCUGGAGGUGGUAGUGGUGGAAGCAUUUGGAUAAAGGCUGAUCGAUUUUCAGGAUAUGGCAUUACUAAUGUCAACGGUGGUAAAGGUGGAGGGAACAGUGCAGGAGGUGGCGCAGCUGGACGAAUUGCACUUGAUGUAACAAUCCGAGCCUACAAGGGAGCUCUACUUGCACAAGGAGGUGUAUCAGUAGGAGGGGAACACGGUGGACCUGGAACUAUUUACAUCAGGGAAGUAMGUUCAAAUCGUUAUUACUCUCAGCUAGUGAUUGACAACGUCAUGAACUCAGUGAAGGAUGUGGUGACAAUUCACGAAGCAGGACGAAGUGAGUACUCAUUCUCUGAAGUGCAGCUGUGGAGAAGAGCUUCUAUAGCUAUGUCACCCGGGAAUAAAACAUUGAUGAUUGACAAGCUUAAAGGAGAUCGCACGGGUCUUAUUCAUGCUUUUGGAAAUCAUGUUGUACAACUAGAAGCAUCUGACACUGCUCAUACUGUCUCCAAACCUCCGGUUAAUCUACAUAUGGAUAAAGGAAGUGAAAUAGUGUUUGGCGAUUCACUUUAUAUUAUUGGAGAUGGGGCAAAGGGUCUGGGUCAGAUUCCAGGCGAUUUUUCCUUAUCAGUCGACGGACGUUUGUCAGGUGUCACUCACCUGUUUGUGACCAAAACACUUAAAGCAAAGUUCUCUGAGAAUGUCCAAACAGCAGUAAAGCAAAAUAACGUGGUUGUAAAAUCCGAAGUAGGAAAGUUUGCACUGGCUCAGCUUGAACUGCAAGACGGCACGGAAUUAUUAUUCAAUCAUUUUAGUGGAAUGCGAUGCUCAGUGGGAAAAAUUCACAUGAAAUUCCGUGCAAAAAUAAUAGCUGAUGUAUUUGACAUUGGUGUGACUACCAUAUUACUAGAAUCUGGGAGCACAAUUACAAUGUCAGGUAGUGAUAGGCCAAAUCCAAACAUUGGACCAACUUUAUCCCCUCUAUGUCGUAGCUCUGGAGGAAGUCAUGCUAGCAAUGGCGGAAAAGGGAAACCAGGUGAUUUACAUAGCCCUCCUUAUGGUGACUUUUACAAGCCUGGGGAGUACGGUACAAGGGGUUGUCCAGGUAGCUCCAGUGGUGGAGAAGCUGGUGGUAAGAUUACAUUGAAUGUCGGCGAUAACAUUUAUCUUGAUGGGACAAUACAAGCAAAUGGAAACAACGCACCAACCAACUCUAACGCGGGGGGAGGAAGUGGUGGAAGUGUUUUAAUCAAUAACGGGCGUUUCAGCGGCCAUGGAAGGAUAGCUGUUGAUGGCGGUAGUGGUAAUGGUGCUAACUCUGGAGGCGGAUCUGCCGGACGCAUUGCUGUCUACACAAGGAGCCCGAGCAAGUUUUUGGGUGUGUUCUCAGCCAUUGGAGGAAGUGCUGGAGAUAAUGAGAAGGAUGCAAYGCAGUAUUCAGGAGGGCCAGGAACAGUAUACUUACUCGACAUACGUCAAGGUUAUGAAUUCAAGCAGCUGAAAAUUGAUAAUAAAGGAAGAUCGUGGGCACAUUAUGUGACUCUUGAUCAUGACAGAGUGCACUAUGAAUUUGAUGAGGUUCACUUGGUACGUAAUGCUUCAGUUCAUUUGCUACCUGACAAUGUUACACGAACUAUAACCAUUCACAAGAUGAUUGGAGAUCGAACAGGGCUGAUACAUGUGCACAGGAACCAGAGUCUCAACGUAGAAUAUAAAGAGGCGAGAGCGACAAUCACAAGAACUGCAACCAACUUCAAACUGGAUAGAUAUUCUGAGGCCAUUAUGGCAACUACCGUCCACAUUGUUGGACGUGGUCCAGUUGCWUUUGACUGGGGUGGUAGGCUUACCAAUGUUCAACACUUGCGUGUUGCACAUGGCCGUAAAGUACUAGUCAAAUGGAAUGCACAUACAGCAGUAUUUGAGAACAAUAAAUACCAGCGUAUCGAUCCUGAUGGCGCCUUUGUGUUUUCUUCACUUGAAUAUGGUAGUGGCACUAUCAUCAAUUACCCUGAACCAAUGGGAGUUCACUUUACUGUAGGAUUGUUGGACAUUAAAUUUAACUGCCGCUUCACUGCUGAAUAUUUUGAKUUCGAUGCCACUGACUUUUACCUGGAACCAGAUGCUCUUCUUAGCUGUAAGGGACGUGGCUAUACUCACGCUACCAACGGCUCUGGCAUAGCCUCAUUAUCAGGUGGAUCAGGAGCAGGGCAUGGGACUGUAGGAGGAGAAAGUCCUUCAAAAGUAGGCGGAAAGGUAUACGGGUCAAUAUACGAGCCUUCUUUGCCAGGUGCUCGAGGUGGUGCUGUUUCUAGUACAUUGGGUAGUAGAGGUGGGGGAAGAAUAAGAAUCAAUGUUGGUUAUGCUUUGGUCCUUGAUGGAAACCUCAAUGCAGACGCUGAUGCCGCUCCUUCAAAUACAGGAACUGGUGCUGGUAGCGGUGGAAGUGUUUGGAUUAAAACAGGCUACCUACGUGGCCAUGGCUCGAUCUCAGCGCGAGGAGGUGUUGGCAGCUCGUACGGGGCACUGAAAGGUGGAAGUGGUUCGGGUGGUCGUAUUGCUGUGCAUGUUUCGAUCAAAGACGAGUACCGUGGCGGACUCCAUGCCCUUGGAGGGUAUGGUCCUGGUAGCCAACAUGGUGGAUCAGGCACAGUAUAUAUUGAAGAAAUCAAUGGCAGAAAGUUAAACCGCCGAUUGUACAUCAACAAUCAAUAUGCAAAUCCACCAAAAGUGUUUGUCAUGGACCAAAGAAACCCCAAAACCGUUGAUAGUAAUAGCCUUGAAGAGAAUUCUGCUUUAUAUGGAUUUGAUGAGCUUAUGUUGCAAGGAGAGGCUGUGUUUACAAUUACAAGUCCAAGUCCAAGACCAUCAAUUUCAGUUCAUACUAUUCUUGGUGACGGAACAUCAACGUUACACAUUAAGCAAAGUAAUGUGUUCUACAUCGAAUACAAGGAGGCAACACAAAGACGAUCGUUCCCCAAAGUAAACUUCAGAGUAGAUUAUGGUGGUGAGGUAGUACUUGUAUCUGAUUUCCACAUCUCAGGUCUCAAGAGCCCCGCGUUUGUGCUAGAUGGCCGCAUUACCGGUGUAUCUAACCUUACCUUAACCGAAGGGCGCGUUGUUAAAGUUGGUCCAAAUGCCAGCAAUGCCCAAAUAAGGAAGGGAACGUACACAAGAAAGCCAGUUGAUGGUCAUCUAACGUUUGGUGUCGUAAUGAUGGAGGCAAGUUCAAAGAUUCUUUAUUCAGAACGUUUAAAGCUGAACGUCGACCUUAUCCACAUGAGAGCGCAAUCAUUUGUGUCCGCGGAUACUGUAUCUAUGUCAUGCUCCGAAGCUGUAUUAGAAGGAGGAUCUGUCAUAAGUACUACUGGUCGUGGACCGGCCGCUAYAAAUGGUCCUGGAGGAGGAAAAGUACUAAGCAAUGCUGGAUCAGGUGGAGGUCACGGAGGAGAAGGAGGCCCAAGUACUACUAUUGCUGGAGGUACUGGAUAUGGAUCGUAUAUUUACCCAUUGCAUCCUGGCAGCGGCGGAGGAGGGAUCGGGGGAGGUCGUGGAGGGAGCACAAUUCAGAUGACCAUAGGACGUUCUUUGCAUCUUGAUGGCACCAUAGAAAGCAAAGGUGGUAAUGGCACUUCCAAUUAUGGCGGGGGUAGUGGAGGAAGUAUUCUCCUUAAAGCAACUAUGUUUUCUGGUCAUGGUAUGAUCACUGYAGAAGGUGGCAGUGGUGACGGUAACGGUGGAGGAGGCUCUGGUGGACGUAUUGCUGUACACGUAUCCUGGCUGCGAGAAUACGCCGGCAAGUACAACGCAUAUGGGGGAUUUGGUAACAAAGCAGGAGCUGCUGGCACUGUAUACUAUACGGACACCAACGAAGGACUCUCACACAGACCAAUGAUUAAAACAGAAGGCAAUAAAACGGAAUUCGGUGUUAGCUUUACGAAACUUAUUGUAGAUAAUAUGAACCGUAAUCCGAGUAUUUCCACGAUCAUUAUUAAUGAGAACACAACCUACUAUGAGUUGAAAGAACUCGAGGUCAAGAACCAUGCAGUGUUGAAUGUUCACGGGGCAAAUGCGGUACUUGUCGUUCAUAAUUUUACAGGUGAUCGCACUGGUUUGGUUCAUUUACUAYCUGGACAAAAAAUGUCCGUCGAGGUUGUAGAGUCCAACAAAGGAUACACUGUUGCAUCUGUAAGUUAUAAAGUCGACAAAGGAGCAGAAAUCAUCUUCCCUUAUUCUUUAACUCUACUUGGAACACGCUGUACGUUUGARGGACUGGUGGUUGGUGUCUAYCGUUUAAUUGCUGCCGAAGGAUCAGGUGUUGUCUUUACAUCAUCCAGUCAAACAGGAAUMAAAGAAAACAGAACGUUUCAAGUAUUAACAACGCCGGGGAAUGUCACCUUUCCUGAAAUUUAUAUACAAAGAGGCUCAACACUGGAUUUAACAAAGAUCAACGAUACUCUUACUUUAACAGCAUUGAUUUUUCGUGUCAAAUAUCAUGCUACUGUAAAUAUGAACCAUGGGAACAUUGUCUCUUCCUGGGCRUGGCUUGAAUCUCGAGCUAARAUAMUCUUAGAUGGYAAGGGAUUCCCAGCUGAAAAUGGUCCUGGUCGAGGAAAAACUACUAAUGAUAUUGGGACAGGAGCKGGYCAUGGYGGUGAAGGCGGAGCACAUCAAGUGAACCUCACCGGCGGMGAACCUUAUGGCUCAGUGUACAAGCCACUUCAYUUCGGAAGUGGUGGAGGCAACGGACAAGGUAAAGGAGGGUCUGGAGGUGGGUUGCUUUACUGGAGGAUAGGGCAUCAAAUUGAACUUGAUGGUCUUGURUCUGUACGUGGUCUCAAUGGCUACGGGACAAAUGCCGGAGGUGGUAGUGGAGGUACCCUACUUAUGGAAUGCACYAAUAUAACUGGUUAUGGUGAGAUUAACAGUCAAGGUGGAGAUGGUUUAAAUCUUGGUUCAGGAGGCGCUGGUGGCCGUAUUGCGGUCCAUGUUCGCUUCAAACAUAAAUUCUCUGGUAUAUAYAAGAUGUAUGGUGGCCUUGGAAAAUCUGUCGGAGCAGCAGGGACAGUUUAUGUGGAAGAAACAUCACGUGGUCCUCAGUACGCAGAUUUGAAAUAUGAUAWAUUAACGAAUGCAACAAUAGUAACGGCAACUCACAGAUAUAUGGAAGUCGACAAUGCAAAUAGAAAGACASUUUGGAAUACGUUGCUCUUGGAAAGUAACCACGUGGUAUACGAGCUUGAUGAAUUGUUCCUGACAAGACAUUCAAAUCUUCAGGUUAGACACCCACCUGGUGCUARAAACGUAACGGUUAUUGUCCAUMGUUUCCUUGGAGAUGGAACUGGACGAUUCCAUUUGCGUCGGGACCAAAGGAUUUUUGUUGAGGUUGUUGAAUCAAAAACUAAUGAAACGUUAGCACCCUGUAGCUUUAAGAUUGAUGAUGGAUCAGAGAUCAUAUUCCCAUCUACUGUCAUGUUGUAUGGUUCAAGGUCGAUAUUUGAAGGACGCAUUACUGGCGUUGUCGAUCUCCUUGUUGCUAGCGGUGGAAAAGCUGAAUUCUCAUCAACAUCACAAACUGCUAAGAUUGAAAAUCGRCGAUAUGUUUACAUUGACAAAAAUGGUAACUUUACAUUUGGAAGUGUAAUAGUGGAACGAAACUCUGAACUGACAUUUUCUCGUGUUAACUUUGACUUGAGAUUGAACUGUGCUGAGUUUAAAAUAAAAUACGAAGGUAUAACACUCAUGAAUCACGGAACCAUCGAUUCAAGUUUUKCUUGGAUUGAGAGUAAAGGACUUCUUUCCCUAGAAGGAAAGGGGUUUGGUCCCGAAUUGGGGAUUGGAAAGGGAAAUACUACAAACCACGUCGGGUCUGGUGCAGGGCAUGGUGGAGAAGGAGGAAAGACUGAUCAUUCUGUKGGAGGUGUGGCACACGAUUCAGUAUAUGAGCCCCAACACUUUGGUAGCGGAGGAGGAAACGGACGAGGAACUGGUGGAAAAGGAGGAGGAAAAUUAAUUUGGUUUGUAGCUAAACGACUACAAAUUAACGGACGUCUAACAUCCGAUGGAACCAAUGGUAUUGGGACUGAUACCGGAGGAGGAAGUGGAGGAAGUAUCCUUAUCAGAGCAACAAACGUGACUGGACAUGGUGACAUCUCUAUCAAAGGUGGUUCGGGAACAGGUAACGGCGGUGGUGGAUCAGGAGGCAGAGCUGCAAUACAUUGUCGAUGGAGAUACACAUACGGGGGUAGAUUUAUUGACUAUGGCGGCCAAGGUGGCAAAUACGGAGGUCCUGCUGGCACGGUAUAUAAAGAGGAAAACCUACGACCUUUGGAAUAUAGACACGUAAAGUACAGCAAGACAAAGAACACGACCUUGUUAGCAGUCGAUCAUACAUAUGUACAUAUCGACAAUAACGGGUUUGAUGUUCCUAGCGCUACGAUGUUAAUGGCAGAAAAUACAWCUCACUAUGAAUUCGACGAAAUGGAAUUAACAGGAUUUUCGAGGCUUUUGUUGUAUCAUCCCGGAAAAGAUAAGGUUCAAGCAGUMGUCCAUCGUUUUAUUGGUGAUAAAUCAGGUCAAUUUCACCUUAGAAGCAAUCAAAGGGUCUUCGUYGAAGUUGUAGAGUCGACUACGAACAUGACCGAAGCACCUUGUAGCUACAGAAUAGACACUGAGGCAGAAAUUCURYUKCCAUCAGAGUUUCAUAUGCAUGGAACAAGGUCUAGAYUAGAGGGCAUGAUUACUGGUGUUCAAGAUCUCAAAGUGUCUGAAGGAGCCGAGGUUGAUAUAUAUUCUACGGCACAAACAGCUUUGAUUGAGAACCGAACUUACAUUUACAUCUCCGAGAAAGGAAACGUGUCAUUUGCCACAAUUGUCGUCAAACGUCGUGGCGAUAUYGAGUUUAAAAAAGUAAACGAGUUCUUGAAAGUAACAUCCAGUGAGUUAUCAAUCAAAUAUCAAGGAUUGUUUCACAUGAAUUACGGUGAGGUGCUCUCCUCCUUUGCUUGGCUCGACAGUCAGGGUCAUUUUAAGCUCGACUAUGGUGGUUUCAAAGCGGAAAAAGGACCAGGCUCUGGAACAACAAUAUUACAUAAUGGGACAACUGUGGGAACUGGUGCAGGAUAUGGAGGCGAGGGGGCAUUGAAUGGAGGCAGGUCAUAUGGUUCUGUACUUAGGCCUCUGCUACUUGGSAGCGGUGGYGGAAAUGGACAAGGUGAAGGAGGAUUUGGUGGUGGUCAGUUAUACUGGGAAGUCGCUAAACGCCUUGAGCUUAACGGCUUGAUUUCAGCUAGAGGAGGCAAAUCUUUGAGGUCCAAUAGUGGUGGAGGAAGCGGAGGCAGUGUUCUUAUUGAAGCGACCAAUUUCACAGGACAUGGAGAAAUUUCCGUAGUGGGCGGUGAUUCGAAAGGGAAAGGCGGUGCAGGUGCUGGAGGUCGUAUUGCUGUACACUGUAGAUGGCGUUACACGUUUGGAGGAAAGAUCCGUAACCGAGGGGGCGUUGGAUAUGAUAAGUUUAGAAGUGCACCUGCAGGUACAUUUUACAAAGAAGAGAACCUGCGACCAAUGGAAUACCGCCAUUUGAAGUAUCUCCCAGAAAAGAACAUGACAUUAUUGGCUGUAGAUMACACUUACUUGCAUGUGGAUAAUGAGGGGCGGGAUGUCCCUGGGGCUACUGUUAUMAUGGAACAAUAUAAAGAGGAUUAUGAGUUUGAUGAAAUGGAACUAACAGGUUUCUCUAGGAUUGUCGUUUACCAUCCUGAUAACGYUACGAACAUUACUGUCAUAGCUCAUAGGUUUAUUGGAGAUAGAACAGGUCAGUUCCAUUUAAGAAAGAAGCAAAAGGUUUUUGUCGAGGUCGUUGAGUCCGAAACAAACAGAACCGAGGCACCUUGCAGCUAUUUGAUUGAUAAGGGCGCAGAAAUUGUUCUCCCUGCUGAAUUCCACGUCCAUGGUGUUAGGACAGCCGUACACGGUACAAUGACAGGCGUUCACUUUUUAUUCAUCGAGGACCAGGCCAUGCUAACAAUAUCAUCGACUGCUCAAACUGCGCUUGUUGAGAAUCGGACAUAUGUGCAAAUCACUAAUCCUGGAAAUAGUUCCUUCGCGUUUACAAUUAUUAAACGAGGAGGGYUACUGAACUUGCUSCGYGCCACAGAGACAGUCGUUUCACUAACCACAGCGCUAUUUGAAAUACAGUACCUGGGAACCGUCCAACUUAAUCAUGGUAUGAUUUCAUCGACACAUGGUCUAAUUGAAACAAAAGGAUCGUUAAACCUAGACGGCCAAGGAUUCAAAGCUAAAAGAGGACAGGGCGCCGGGACMGCGUCAACGCAUCCUACAGGUGCAGGUCAUGGCGGCCUUGGAGGAAAAAGCUUCAGCGAAAAUUUAGGAGGCAMKGCAUAUGGAUCAGUGUUUUCUCCMAARGCUCUUGGUAGUGGUGGUGGUGGAUCCAAUGGAGGCUCAGGUGGUGGAUCUCUGCUGCUUCGUACCAGUAAACGUUUACAUGUGGAUGGGUUAAUUACAUCGUCAGGACACAAUGGAGGAUACAACUCGGGCGGCGGAAGUGGUGGAAGCAUUCUUAUAGAAACAAUGAACAUGACUGGUCACGGAGAGGUUUCUGCUAAUGGGGGACGUGGAUACAGUUACUGUGGGGGAGGUGCAGGGGGUCGUAUUGCUAUACACGUGGAUUUUCAAAAUAACUAUGGAGGAACAUUCAGAUGUGUUGGAGGCUCCAGUUCUGCGGCCAAUUACGCAGGAGCAGCGGGGACUGUUUAUAAGUAUGAAAGUCGUCGUGGACCUCAAUACCGCGAACUGAAAUACAACCAGAAUAUUACGUAUUUCAAACCCGAACAUUCUAAAAUAAAAGUAGAUAACGAACAGCGUGUUGUGGGUACACYGACAGUAGUUAUGGAGGAAGAUACGGUCUUGUAUGAAUUUGACGAAAUGCAGGUCGAGGGACACUCCACUAUGACCUUCUACCAUCCAAGCGAUGCUAAAAAYGUCACCAUCUUUGCACACGAAGUAACAGGCGACAAAACAGGCAUUAUCAGGUUAUCUUCAAGGCAACGUCUGUUUGUGUUUGUUGUGGAGUCAACUCACACMUAUAUGGAUGCACCUUGUGGGUUUUAUGUCGAAGAUUUUGCUGAGAUAAUAUUUCCCACUGAAGURAUACUGCGAGGUGAAACAUCAGUUAUCAAAGGACGAAUGACUGGAGUUGAGAGACUGAUUGUCGAGCGCGGAGGAUCAAUUGAGUUUUCAGGGUCUGCCCACACUGCUCGGCUUCCGAAUGAAACGAAGUGGCAUCAAGACAACCCAUUCAACCCAUACACAGCUGGACUGGUGAAUAUUCCUAUCGUUAUUAUAACAAACACUGGUGUCGUAAAAAUUGCAAAAGCUCCUAUCAGAUAUAUAUUGCAAUUGGCUGAAACUGUUGUUAAAAAAGGUGGAAAGCUUCAGAUUACCUCAAAUUACGUCACACUACAAUCGGAGUACAUAAUCAUCGAGAAGGGUGGGCUCAUAGACGGUACUGGUGGCGGGUAUCUUCCUGGACAAGGACACGGUGGGGCUACUGGAAUUAAAGGAGGGAGCUUUGCGUCAGCAGGUGGUCGUAUCACAGUGGGGACACAAUACGGGUCUUUAUACAGACCUCAAUUCCCCGGUAGUGGCGGGGGACAUGGCGCCGGUGGUGCCUGGAUAAAGCUGCAAACAGCAAACUAUUUGUUGAAUAAUGGAAUCAUUAGAAGUAAUGGUUAUGGUGACGAGAAUCAAUCUAACGGUGGUGGAAGUGGCGGGACAGUCAUUGUGGAGACCUUGUAUCUAAAAGGUUUUGGGAGUAUUGAGAGUCAUGGAGGACCAAGUCAAAAUGGCGCUGGAUCAGGUGGACGUAUUGCAGUUGUUCUUACAAAACGCUUAAUUUACCAGGGGGUGAUCAGCAGUUUAGGAGGUCGUAGUGUGAGUGUCUCAGGAUAUCAUGGAAGUCCAGGCACUGUUUAUGUAGAAACAAUCACAGACAACGUAACCCACCGUUUCCUUAAGAUAGACAAUGCAGCUCGCUCGGAAUCUCGACCUGUUUUUUUGGCAGAAGAUGCAAGUGAGGAGUAUUACUUUGACGAAGUCAGACUUCUACGAAACGGAGUUUUGAGAGCAAAACAGGUCCCUGGUAAAGUCGUACGAGUGACCAUCAGAAAGGCAACGGGAGACAGAACAGGAAGUUUUUACGUCAAUUCUGGAACUGAAUUCCGUAUUGCUACACAUAGCACACGAACUCAUGCUCCAGUUAACUACAUCGUUCCUUCAGGAGAACUAUAUCUCCCUCCGUUGACCGUACUAACAGGGAGUAGAGAUCCCGCGCUGGAAAUGAAAGGUGUCUUGAGAGAAAUUGAGGAGCUAAGGUUGUUCAAAGGAACUCGUGCUACACUAUUCUUCCAAGGAGCGUCGAUGUGCGCCAACUGUUCUCGUUACAGCGGUCGGUAUUGGUUCAAAAGACUGAAAAUUAUGCAGGGUGCUGUGUUAAYAAUCGACAGUGGAUCCAAGAACAUCAAGACUAAAACAGUGACACUCCAUGUAAAACAUCUUCAUAUUGAUUACACUGGCAGUCUCGUCGGAGAUGUGGUUUACUUACUCAAUGACUUUAUGAGCAUCGAGUAUGACGCAACUGUAGAUACAUCUUCUCGUGGYUGGCCUGCAUCUAAAGGUCAUGGAUAUAGUGGAGGUCACUGUAGCAAUGUUGCCGGCGCCGGACAUGGUGGAAGAGGUGGACAAGGGUAUCGUAAAGGCUGUGGAGCUUGUAAUUCUCUGGGUGGUCCAAAAUACGAAGAGCCUUGCAGUGCCAGUCAAUCAGGAAGUGGAGCUGAUACCCCUGGAGGAGGGGUAAUAUUCUCAAUAACCGAUCAUUUGCUAGAGCUCGAUGGCGCGCUAAAAGCAAAUGGAGUCAAUUCACAGCAUAGAGGAGCAGGAAGUGGCGGAACGAUCUCUGUAUCGGCGCGAUAUUUCGACGGGCACGGGCAUGUCCAAGUCAAUGGGGGAAGUGGAGGGUAUCARAGCGGUAGUUGUGGCUCGUCCGGCAGCUAUCAUUAUGAGGGAGGUGGCGGCGGAGGUGGUCAUCUAAAUCGCUUUUCACCUUACCCAAUAAGAAGGGAUGUUUUACGAAAUGAAGCGGUAAAAGGAGGUUCUAGACUUGGAGAAGACGGCCAAACUUGUACAAAAAMCAACUGCCAUGGACAUGGAAUUUUCUCAUCGUCAAGUGGUACUUGUACCUGUAAUGCUGGUUAUCUUGGGRUUGACUGUGCCUACAACUGCAUCCGUGAUGAAACAUGUACAGGCCAUGGUAAUUGCACUGGAUGGGGAGGAUGUGUUUGCGAUGAAGGUUAUGUUGGCUAUCGAUGUAGUUAUCAAUGCCACCCUAAUAGUAGYUGCAGUGGACACGGUCAAUGUAGUCUCACAGGCGAGUGCAUUUGUGAUUCUUGUUAUCAUGGAGAUAAAUGUCAACAUAAGUGUUCUGGUAAUGGUGAAUGUGUUGGAAAUUCCUGCAAAUGUAAUUCGUGUUUCGUUGGUCCUUAUUGUCACUCGGAAUGCUCAGGGCACGGGAAGUGUCAAAACUCGACAUGUUCYUGUUCACCAUUGUGGAAAGGACUCUUCUGUGAAAUUCCAAGAUGUCCCAAUGAUUGCUCUGGAAACGGAAUAUGCAAUGGUAUUCUACAAAAAUGUAUCUGUCAUCCUGGCUGGAAAGGAAUUGAUUGCAGUCUGCCUGACUGCCGUGGUGAACCCGAUUGCUAUGGUCGUGGUACCUGCAGUUUUAUCAAUGGUUCGGCUGUAUGUCACAAUUGUACAAAAGGCUGGAUGGGGCCGGCAUGUAAUGAUGUAUGUCUUCAUGGAGUGCASUCACCAAUGGAUAGCGGAAACUGCCAAUGCGAGCCGUGCUGGGCUGGAAAGGGAUGCGAUUCACUGUGCAUGGACAAUGGUAGAUGUGUCGCUGACAAAUGUCAGUGUUAUGAGUUGAAAGGCUGGAGAGGUGACGUAUGCGAAAUUCCAGGAUGUCCGGGCUUUAAAGAGGAUUGUUCAGGACAUGGAAAGUGUAACGGUGCAACACACACUUGUUUAUGCGACRAAGGGUGGACGGGUAUUGGUUGUCAUAUACCUGAUUGCCCAGGUGCACCAGAUUGUUUUGAUCGUGGUUACUGUAAUGCCUCAACAAACCCUCCAACUUGUCAACGCUGUAGAAGUGGAUGGAUGGGUCCAGCUUGCAACGACCCUUGCACGUUUGGGCAACAAGUUCCGAUGGACAGUGGUAACUGUGUUUGUCAACCUGGGUAUACUGGAGUUGGAUGUAACAGCGAGUGCUCUGAACAUGGCAAGAUUAUUAACAGUACAUGUAUUUGUGUAGUUGGCUGGCGAGGAACACUUUGCGACAAUCCUGGUUGUCCUGGAGAUAACAUCGAUUGCUCUGGUCAUGGUGACUGUAACAGUGCAACACAUACCUGCACAUGUCGAGAGGGUUGGACUGGAGAAGGAUGUAACAUUCCCGACUGUCCUGGUUCUCCCGAUUGUUCUGAACGUGGACUGUGCAAUGCAACCACUGAUCCUCCUAAAUGUAUGAAUUGUACUGUUGGGUGGAUGGGUCCAGCAUGCGCAGAUCCUUGUUUGCAUGGUAAACAAAUUCCAAUGGAUAGUGGGAGCUGUAUCUGUGAGCCCGGUUGGGUAGGUGUUGGUUGUAAUAGUGAAUGUUCUGGUCAUGGUAAAAUAGUGAAUCUCAUAUGUAAAUGUGACCGUGGAUGGCGAGGUACCAAUUGUGAUAAUCCUGGCUGCCCUGGUAUUGGAUCAGAUUGCACUGAUCAUGGUGAAUGCAAUAGCGCUACACACGAAUGUCAAUGCCAAAGUGGAUGGAGAGGCGAUGGAUGCGAGAUCGCUGAUUGCCCUGGAAAUCCAGACUGUGCAAAUCGAGGUUACUGCAAURCAUCGUUCAACCCCCCACGCUGCUCUAAUUGUUCAAAAGGGUGGAUGGGACCGUCUUGCGAAAACCUUUGUGUGUUUGGCAAUCAAGUCCCAAUGGAUAGUGGUAUCUGCAGUUGCGAUCCUUGCUUUACUGGUAAAGGCUGCAACGUAGAAUGCACUGGUAAUGGUAAAUGUCAAAAGGAAAAAUGUAUCUGCAAUACGCUUGAAGGUUGGCGAGGUUCAUUAUGUGAAGUGCCAGGAUGUCCAGGAAGUGGAGGAAAAGACUGUUCUGGCCAUGGAAAUUGCGACAGUACUAAACACAAAUGUAUUUGUGACCCAGGUUGGAGUGGRCUUGGUUGUCAGCAAGCAGACUGUCCAGGUACUCCUAACUGCUUUGGUAGAGGACUGUGUAAUACAACUAAUAGAGAUACACCAGAGUGCACGAAUUGUGAMAAAGGGUGGAUGGGUCCAGCAUGCAAUGAYCCUUGUGUUCACGGCCGUGCUGUCGACGGAAAAUGCAUCUGUAACCCGUGUUAUACUGGCAGUGGAUGCCAGAUGGAGUGUUCUGGUCAAGGUGAAUGUGUUUCCGAUAAAUGCAAAUGUGAUCGAAACAUCGGCGACGCCUAUAUUGGUGAAAACUGUGAACUUCCGGGAUGUCCUGGACGAGAUGGUAAUUGUGAAGGAAAGGGCUACUGUGACCUUAGAAAUCAAAAGUGUAUUUGCUAUCCUGGAUGGGCAGGUGAUGCUUGUAAUCAACUUGACUGUCCUGGAUCACCUCCAUGUACAGGGCAUGGAGAUUGCAGCAAUAGUAAUCCUAGAACGUGCAACUGUUAUCCUAAAUGGGCUGGAGAAACGUGUGAAAUCCARUGUGUGAACGGCUUAAAUUAUGGAAAUUCUUCGGGUUGUCUUUGUGACCCAUGUUUCUCUGGAACUGGUUGCAAUCUUGAAUGUUCAAACAAUGGAAAGUGUGUCGACCGUAAGUGUGUUUGCGACAAAGACAAAGGAUAUAAAGGUGAUGUUUGUGCAAUACCAAGUUGUCCUGGAUGGCCUUUAGAUUGUUCUGGUCAUGGAACGUGUAACAAAGCGACACUAAAAUGUCUAUGUAGUUCAGGGUGGACAGGAAAUKCUUGCGACGUACCAGAUUGUCCAGGAACUCCAGAUUGUAAUGGAAAAGGAACAUGUUYACCGCCCAAACAUAAAGGCAGUCCUCCAACAUGUAAUUGCUCCAAGGGUUGGAUGGGAGUGGCUUGUGAACUAGAAUGUAAGCAAGGUAAUCCUACAGAAAACAACAUUUGUCUGUGUAAGCCAUGUUAUAAUGGCCCAGCGUGUGAUACGUUGUGCUCAAACCACAGUACAAUUUGUGAUAAUGACGUCUGCGACUGUGGUUUUGAUGGAUGGCGAGGGACACAUUGUGAAAAGAAGGGAUGCCCUGGAUAUAAGAAAGACUGUUCUGGACAUGGUCAAUGUCUGACUGAAACUGGACGCUGUAUUUGUGACGUUGGAUGGAGGGGCAUUGGAUGCAAUAAGACUGACUGUCCUGGAGAACCCGAUUGUAACAACCGCGGAGAUUGCAUAAAAGCUGUUAUUCCUUAUUGCGGAAGGUGCCAAACCGGCUGGGCUGGUGUAGCAUGUGAAUCACCAUGUAUUAAUGGUACACAGAGUAAAACCGAUGCUCGACUUUGUGAGUGCAAUCCAUGUUUUACAGGAGUCAAGUGUGAUAGUCUCUGCUCCGGGGUUAAAAAUGCAACUUGUGUCAAUCAAACGUGCAACUGCGGAUUUCAAGGAUGGAGGGGAAGCUUAUGCGAAAAGAAAGGAUGUCCUGGGUGGGAUACCGACUGCACCGGGCAUGGCACUUGUAACAGUGCAACGGGUGUAUGCGAUUGUAAUGUAGGAUGGAGUGGGAAAGGAUGCGAAAUCCCAAAUUGUCCUGGUACUCCAGAGUGUAGUGGACAUGGUACGUGCAAUAGGGCAGCUACUCCUUAUUGCUCAUGUAAUGUUGGAUGGAUGGGAGCAGCGUGCAAUAUYCCUUGUGUUAAAGGCACGCCUAGUAGAAAUAGCCUAGGGGAAUAUAUCUGUAACUGUGAAGCUUGCUAUAGUGGCGUCUCUUGUAACAAAGAAUGUUCUGGUCGUGGUAACUGUACCAAUAAUACUUGUGACUGUGGAUUUGAUGGAUGGAGGGGAAAUUUAUGUCAUCUUCGAGGUUGUCCUGGAUGGAAAACAGAUUGUACUGGACAUGGCUCCUGCUUAUUCGAUGGCACGUGCUUUUGCAAUCCUGGAUGGACUGGGAAAGGAUGUGAAAUUCCAAGAUGUGCCGGAGGUGGAAACUGUAACGGACAUGGCGUGUGUGAUGGAGUCAACUACAAUCCACCUGUUUGCGUGUCAUGUGAUCCGGGAUAUUUUGGGAAUGAUUGUGGUACCCCGUGUUAUAAUGGAACAGUGAUAAGUACACAAAAAGGCAAGGAAUGUAAGUGUGACAGUUGUCAUACCGGUGUCUACUGCAAUAAAGAAUGUAGCUCUAAUGGAAAAUGUGUCAAAGAUAAAUGCCAGUGUGAUAGUGGGUACCGGGGAGACAAGUGUGAAACGGUUGGGUGUCCUGGCGAUGGCAUUGAUUGCAGUGGUCACGGUGUCUGUCUUAGCGUUUUACAGACCUGUAAUUGCUUCAACGGAUGGAAAGGUAAAGGUUGUAACAUCCCUGAUUGCCCUGGAACACCUGAUUGUAACAGCAAGGGUAAAUGUGAUGGAUCGGUCGACCCUCCACGAUGUGUCAACUGUACAAAUAAUACCAUGGGGUCUGCUUGUGAGCUUCCUUGUAUUCAUGGUGAAGAAGACCCACCUAACAGCGCCAUAUGUAAAUGCAGUCCAUGUUAUCGAGGGCUUGCAUGCGACUUGGAGUGUUCAGGACAUGGAACAUGCAAUAAUUCAAAGUGUGUUUGCAAAACUGGAAGGAAAGGAGACUUGUGCCAAUCUAUAGAUUGUCCUGGUGAGCCUGAUUGUAGCGGUCAUGGGGUUUGCUUAAAAGAGCAAGGAGCGCUAACACCAAUAUGUCUUUGUAAUCAAGGUUUUGAUGGAUUGGACUGUAGUAAGCUCGUUUGCCCAGGUUCUCCUAUGUGUAGCAAUAGAGGAAAUUGUACUCUAGUGAAGAACGUACCAAAGUGUGUAUGUCGUCAUGGAUUUAUGGGAUCAUCUUGUGAGAAAUGUCAAACACGUUUUACUGGCUCUGAGUGCGAGCGUUGUGUUAGUAACUAUAUUGGAUGGAAAGACAGUUGCAGUGUUUACUGUGUUCAUGGUAUGGCGACUGUUCCUAACGGAGACAUUUGUGGAUGUUACAACGAUAGUGUAAAUGGUCAUUGGAAUGGUUCAACAUGUGAGCAGUGUAUAAAUGGGUGGGCCUUACCCGACUGUAAAGUUUGUGAUAAAACACAUGUUGGUGAGAAUUGUAACAUCAAGUGUGUUAAGGCCAAUGCUGACUACCGUGACGUGCGUGACGGUUUGUGGGGAAACAAACCGGUUAAACCAGUACUUACCUGUCUAUAUCAAGUAAAGAGUGGAGCCAUUUAUGCCAGGUUCGGUUACGAAAACAAGAACACACACAACGUAUAUCUAUCAGUUGGAGCAGACAAUCGUUUCUCUCGUCCCAAUCUUGUACUCGACCCUGGUGGACAAGCUGGAUUUGUACGUAAAGCGAACGAACACGUUUCGGGAAAUUUGGUUCCUUUAGUUUCUGAAAACCUUGGACAACCAACCAAGUUUGAGCCUGGAAAGUAUGAAAGGGUUUUUGAAGUCAGACUUAGAAAUGAUAUACCGAUAGUAUGGGUACUUGCUUAUCCUUUGUCUAACCAACGUUACACUUCACAAGUAGAUGCAUCAAUGUUGGAUAGGUUGUCGUGUGGAAGUGUUCCCUCAGUUAACAAUUCAAGCAAGUACGAAAAGUGUGUCUGCAAAAAUGGGUUCUGGGGUGAAUCAUGCCAUCAAAAAUGUCCUGGUAAGUUUGGAGCACCUUGUAACCGACAUGGAGUUUGCGACUCAACAACAGGAAAUUGCCUCUGUGAUGUUAACUGGCAGGGUGAUGCGUCCUGUGCGUCAUGUACUUUCGGCUGGCUCGGUAGUGAAUGCAACAUCAUUCAACAAAUACCAAAUCAUCAAACAGCUGGGGCAUUUGGGCCUAGCAAUUUUCUUACCUUUGACGGGGCUGCGUAUCGUUUCCUUGGUGUCGGGGAAUACCAUCUCUUAGCAUCACGAGCUGCUAGGUUUGAAGUACAAGGCAGAAUGGUGACAUGUUUUGAUGCAAGCUCAUGUUUCAACUCAAUUGCAGCAAAGGUUGGUGAUAGCACUAUUGUGAUUCAUGGACGAUUUACAAGCAGUGGAGAGCCAUCAGUUUAUGUUAAUGGAAAACAAACUUAUACUUUGGAACAGAGAGUCGGUCGCUCGUCGGAUGGUUUCGUUUUGCGUCGUGUAUCAUCUCUGAAGUUUAUCCUUGAAACKUUUCGUGGGGUUCGUUUAGAGGUGCGUUUGUAUGAUCGCUAUCUAGACGCACAUAUCGAAGCUAAAAACAAAACGUAUUGUGAGUCUGCUGGAGGACUUUGGGGGAGCUGUAACGGAAAGCUAUCAGACGACUUUUCUACGAGGACUCAAUUCCUAAAGAAAGCAUUCAGUAACAACAUUCCCGGCGAAGCCUAUAUCCACGAAGUCUUUGGAUCAUCAUGGAAAGUAGCCAUAGCCAAUAGCUUAUUCAUCUAUGACACUAACAAAUAUCAAGAGAAACGAGAMCUUGAUGGUGGUGGGUAUGCCCUGUUUUUCAACAACACCGGAGUACAGACAAGUGAAAUGUACAGUAUAACAUCAUCUGAUAUCACUAUUGAGUUUAUGAUGAAGCGUAUUAGUACGUCUGGAACAGUGAUUUCCUACACGACUACGAAGACAUUUGCUUUGACGUUAAACUCUGGAAAUGUCCAACUGCACUACGGUAAGACAGUUCUUGAUACUCUGGUGACCAUACAUACAAAUAAGUGGGUUCAUAUAACACUCGUCUGGUCCAAAGCAAAUAAAAUCCUUCAGUUUUAUCUCAUCAAUGAAGGCGGUGUAGUCAGUAGCCGUAAUUUUCCUAUUUCCAGUGAGGUAAAUGUGUUUGAACCGGGCGGUGUUUUAGCUUUGGGUUACUGGAGGCCUUCACCGUUGGGGCAUGGCCAUGGUCCUACACAAGGAUUUAUAGGUGUUUUGGAUGAACUGCGAAUCUGGAACAAAAAACUCGAUCCAGGAGCCGUGAUAUCACACUGGAAGAUAAAUCUCAAUAAUAGGUAUUCAACAGACCUUGCAAGUUUAUGGAAGUUCAACGAAGGACAAGGAUCCGUCGCUAAAGAUAGUGUAUCGAAGGCACACAUAACAAUACCUUCGUCCAUCUGGCACCCCCCGACAUGGGUAUAUUCUACUGCUCCAAUUCACCCCUUCUCUGUUGAUAUUCGGAAAGCCUAUAGUYUGCGAUUUGAAAUGAUGAUACCUUUGACCGCUGUACAGAAGAAAUGCAAGGAAGUUAUUCUUGAUUCGGACCUUAAAGUAUCAUAUCCUAACCUGAAUGCAAGUCUSUUGUCGUUCUAUUAUAGUGCCUGUAUUUUUACUGUUUCGAGAACUGGAGACAUUGAAAGUGCUUACUGGAUCUCACUCUGUGCUUCUGAUUUCGGUCAUAUCUUAAACCCAUCGAAGCCUUGGUACGCUAAAAAGCUUUGCAAUGCUGUGACUCCAAAUAACUUUCCUGAAUGGGUAGGUACCAACUGCCAAAUGUUUUGCAAAUAUGGAAGGCGAAAGUCCAUGWCAAGUAAUAAGUGUAGAUGCAAUUACGGUUUUUAUGGCGAAAACUGCACCAGAGAAUGCCCAGGGGGGUUCAAGACUCCUUGUAAUGGACUCGCAACUUGUGAGCCUGAUACUGGGAAAUGUAACUGUCCACUAACUGCUAAUGCAUCAAAUGAAUGCACAAAGUGUGAGAACGGUUGGUUUGGAAAAGACUGCUCUGUAAGUGCUGCUACUACGAGUACGAAUGUCUCGUAUUGUCAAGGCUUUGGUUCAGGACACUAUAAGACCUUUGAUGGUGCUGGAUUUAACUUUGAAGUCACAGGUGAAUUCUACGUUUUAAACACACCAAAUCUCGUAGUUCAAGUUCGCCAAAUUCCCUAUCGUAAUGAUUCCGUCUGUAUGACAUCUGUAGCUGUAAAAACUGGAUUAGAUACAGUCACCAUUCGAGCUAGUUUCAACAGCACAGGGAUACCAUUUGUUUGGAUUAAUGGCAACCUUACUAAUGCUACAAGCGCUCAAUUCAAUAAUGCAUUUUCUUACCGUAAAAGAACUCCCCGAACAUAUGAAAUCAGAAAUAAUGAAACAUCAGCCAGCCUUACCCUAGUGCGUGUUACAACAUGGAAGAAGUGCCUGUCAUUCGAGGUUAUAUCCGCGGCGAAUAUUUGUCGAGUUGAAAGUGGGUUAUGUUGCUCGUGUGACGGUAACGUUUUUAAUGACUUCAAAGGAGUAAAUGAUACUGUACUUUGGGAUAAAAAUAUUACUUACGCUGCUCUCGCUCAGUUGUUAUCUUCAAGAUGGAGCGUGAAACCAUCACAAUCCAUGUUUGUGUAUAACGUUCCUCCUUACUACGAGAGAAGGAAGAUAAAUGCAUUAGGUUACUGCUUGUUGUUCAACGGUUCUGUGGCAAACUCAAUGAGCACUACCUUCAACUUGACUUCCGAUCUCACACUUCAGUUCUUUGUAAAGAUCAGCAAAGUAGGUGGCACUAUGGUUUCUUAUGCUACAAGCAGAACAGUUGCCGUAGUGAAUGAUGCAACAGUUAAAGUUUACAUUGGAGCAAAUGCAUAUGACGUUGGCGAAGCUUUGCAAAUGAACUCAUGGUAUCAGGUUACAAUURYUUAUCAACGGAUAGCAGGAGUAUUGACUUAUCACCACAUGAACGCAACUGAUGCACUCAUCACAAGAAAGUUUUUCAUUGGUUACAAUCAUUUUGAUGCCGGAGGAAAAGUCUGGCUUGGAAAGUGGUUUAUCACCAAUGCUCAUAUAACCGGGAUUCCUGUUCUUCCAUUUGUCGGUAGUCUGGAUAGCCUUAGGCUGUGGAAUACUCACCUCAACCCAGUGGAAGUUCGUCAAAGUUUUUAUUUAAUUCUUAGGACAAAAACUGCAGGAUUGUCAUCGGUAUGGCUUUUUGACGAUGGAGAAGGAACAACUGUUGGAAGUGAAAUAGACGCAAAUAAUUAUAUUACACUACCAGAGGUACUCGACCGUCGACCGUCCUGGAGAUUCUCCUAUGCAGCUCCUAUUGCUCCAACAAUGGACACUGGGCCGAAUGUUGUAYUUUUUAACAAGACAUUGGAAAUGCAAGCUAUAUCUMUUUGYAAGCAACUGAUUUUCGAUCCUGUUAUUAUAGCCCACUGUAAUGUACCCUUCCGUCAAUUYUACUAUCAAUCGUGCCUCAAAGACGUGAACGUUGCACRUAAUGUAAGCCAAGCUUACGUGUCCGUAUCACUGUAUGCGCAAUACUGUUACGCCGUCCUUGGCGUAAAAGUCUCCUUACUGCGGCAUCUGUGCCAUCAGGUAACUUACAGCGUUAACUGGAUUGGACCAAACUGUGAUAUACCAUGUGUUUUUGGUGAGGCAGAUACCAAUAAUAGUAGCUCGUGUGUUUGUAAUAGAGGAUACUGGGGAAAGAACUGUACUAGGGAAUGUCCAGGCGGCUCUCUAAAUCCUUGUAGCGGACACGGGAAAUGCGAUUCGUUGAAAGGCACUUGCACAUGCGAUCUUAACUGGCAAGGGAAGAGUGACUGCAGUAGUUGUACCAUUGGAUGGGUUGGUCCAGGAUGUUCGGUAGCAGUAUCUCGUAAAAAGAUUCCAUCUUGCAAUGUGUUCUCUGGUGGRCAUUUUUCAAGCUUUGAUGGCGCACAUUUCACUUUCUAUAGCACUGGUGAAUACUGGUUGAUAAACAACGUCCAAUUCAAGGCGCAGWUAAGGCAAAUAUCUUGUUCUAACGGCAAAUCACGGUGUAUCAAUGCGGUCGCGUUUUCUUUUAGAGACGAUUGGAGAAUGGUCUUACAUGCCCCUUACACAAAACAAGGUGAAGCGACAGUUUGGCUUAAUGACAAGACUGUCAAGUUUACCAAAAAGCGAAUUGCAUUUACAGAUGACACUUUCCUGGAAUACAGCUCAUCAACAACCUAUACACUUUUGAGUAAACCAAGGAAGAUUUUCAUUAAAAUCAGAUUGACAGGGACUGGUAUUUCAAUCUCUGGUCGUGUAUUAGAUAAUCUGUGCCAGAGCACCAGAGCCGCUUGCGGUAACUGCGACGGUGACAUAUCCAACGACCUCUCUUUACAACCCGGAGAAACCUUACAAACCAAAUGGAAUGUCGAGCCUGAUAGUAGCUUGUUUACGAGUAUAUACAAUUAUGGCGUUUAUGAAGAAAGUGCUUUACCAACGGGUGCUGAAUAUGGAUUAAAAUUCCAAGGUGUUGGUAUAGAAACGGAUAUUUUGCCGGAUGUCUUUAAAGGUUCACAUGUAACUGUGGAAAUUGUUUUUAAAUCCGAUAAAACUGUUGCAGGGGUUCUUUACUGCUACAGUCAUUCUWCAGCGUUGACUGUAUUCAUUGAGAAAACUAUGAAAGUGCGUCAAGGAAGUAGCGUCUGGGACACACAAAUAACGCCAGACUUGGGAAAAUGGAAUCAAGCCACYAUUGUAUAUUACAAGCCAACGGGGCUUCUAACGAUGUACUUUGUCAAUUCCGUUGGCAGUAUUACUCAUCUUACAAAAACKAUAAAGAAGGGACUGUAUGCAUCACAAGGAAGCAUCUCCAUCGGGCAAUGGGUACCCGGGUAUUCCGAUUAUGAUGUCGGCUCUUUGAAAGGUUUGGAAGGUUACGUUGACGAAGUUCGUGUAUGGAAUAGAUAUUUUAGUUUGUCUGAUGUCAAAGCUAGUUGGACCGCAAAUGUACAACCAAGAGUACCAUACUUAGCGAUUCUAUGGAAGUUCAAUGAAGGAGAAGGGACAAUGGUGUAUGACAUUCAAUCUUCAAUCAACUUGUAUAUCACAGAUGUGACCAAUGCACCUAUCUGGGUGUACAGCACAGCCCCUGUGGUGUUACUACAAGUAUCAUAUCCAWCARUUGUCUCAGCUGAAACACAACAGUGGUGCAGUUCUUACAUCCUGAAAUCUCCUCUUGGAAAUAAUUGUGCUGGAUUAGGUCAGGGAGGCACUGACUUCUUCUAUCGAUCGUGCCUGCAAAUCAUAUCAGAUUAUGAUUCAGUUGGUGUGGGCAUUGAAGUAGUCGUUGCUUUUGCAGAUGCCUGCGAAUUAUCACUGAAUCUUACCGAUUGGCCAGCGCGACAAAUGUGUAACAAUGCCAUCUUUAAGAACUCUCGUUUAUCAGAAUGGAUUGGAGACGACUGUGCUCAUUCGUGUGUCUAUGGUUAUAGAUCUCUUGRUUCUAACAUGAAAUGUGUAUGCGAUAAGUCAGUAUGGGGUACAAACUGCGAUAGUUUUUGUCCAGGUGGACCAUUCAAUCAGUGUCACGGACAUGGAGAAUGCUCUUCCUUAACUGGAGCUUGCACUUGUGACUUUCGUUGGAGGGGAAUUUACGAUUGUAGUCGUUGCACAUCCACCUAUCACGGACUCGACUGUUCCAUCGUGAUCGGACCUCAAAAACCUGGGAUUGCUGUUUCUACAAUAGCUGGUUCGGGUCAUUACUUAACGUUAGAUGGCUUGAAAAUGGACGUUUCUGUAGCCGGAGAAUUUGAAGCUUUUACCUCAAACAGACUUGGAAUCAGUGUCCAAGUGAGACAACUCAGACAAGGAGGCUAUAGUGGUGCUCGAUGUGUGUUUGUGCGCAGUGGAGGCAGCAGUGUCACUCUCCACACAGGUUAUGGAGCGACAAGUAACGUUGUUGUUUUGGCAAAUGGUAUCCGAGUAAACAAAAAGGCUUUCAUCAAACUCGGCUCAUUAGGAUUUACUUUCCACAGAAAAUCACACGAUUCUUAUGUGGUAGCGGGCCCUGAGAAUUUCAGCAUGGUGAUAUACCACCGAGGAACACACAUUGACAUUUCCAUUGCAAUGGAUAGAUCGGCAUGUAUUGAUUCUUGUGGUCUUCUCGGUCAGUGUGGAGGAACUGCUCAAGCAUCGAACUGCAGCGUUUCUGGAAUAGCAACAAUGUACGAUGUAGCAAAACUUACCCAAGUGAAAGUGAACACCUUUGUACAAAAAUGGAUCGUGUCAGCUAAUGAUAGUGGAUUUACGGAUGUACUAAAUAUCGUCAAGGAAAAGCAGAUCAUCACUGGUGCCGGUAGCUGCUUAUUGUUCAACGGAACUGGACUAGUUUCCCCACCUCUCGUGAACGUCUUUAUUGGAAAAUUUGUAUCCAUCCAGUUUUAUGUGAAGGUGAACUAUUCGGGUCAUCAAGAAAGAAUCAUUAUCUCAUUUGCAUCUAAUUCAACAUUUGCUGUUACCGUUAAGAAUGGGACAUUAUUAGUACGUUACGGAGGCUUAAUUUUCAAUACUUUGCUUGUAGCUGAAACUCUAAAAUGGAACCAAAUAUCUAUAGUCUACAGACGUGAUUCGGGAUUACUGCAAUUCUAUAGAAUAACAUCGACGGGAAUCAUCAGACGAACAGUUCUCAAUAUUGGAUUAGGAGCAUUUUUGCCAGGUUCUACAGUAGGGAUAGCAAUAUGGACAGUAACGGACGUCGUAGUGAACAUACCAGGAUUUGUUGGAUGGCUGGACGAGCUUCAGAUAUGGAACAAAAGACUUGACGGUAUUACAAUACAACAACUUUGGCGAGGCAGUGUUAAAGUAACAUCUCCAGGUCUUGCCCUGUGGUGGAGCUUCAACGAUGGUCGAGGAUAUACUGUCACGCCUUCUGUCGGUUCAAUUAGCAUUUCUCUUCCACUGCCACCUUGGAUCAGUCCUUCAUGGGUGCCUUCAGAUCUUAACAUAUCGCUAACGAAUACUAUAGAAGCCUUUUUCCCUAACAAAUCACUACAACAAGCUGCUAAAGAGUUAUGUCAGAAUAUAUUCUUAAAAGGACCAUUCAGUGAGCAAUGCGGAAAUGCCACUGUUGGCGAGGACUUUUACUACGAAGCAUGUAUGAUGGAUAUUGCAGCGACAAGCUCGUUAGAUAGUGCUAAACAAUCCACACUGCAAAUGGGCUUUGAAUGUCAAGCAGCACUCAAUCUCUCUAGGUUACCAGGGCAAAACCUCUGCAGUGUUUAUCCUAGUGGGCGCUAUGACAAUUGGGUUGGUAAAAACUGCACUACGAAAUGUGUAUAUGGUCAGUAUGUAUCAAACAGAUGUCAGUGUGAUUAUGGAUACUGGGACASGAACUGUACCAAAGAGUGCCCUGGGGGUGCAGCAAACCCUUGUAGCGGCAAUGGACAGUGCAAUWUUGAAACAGGAAAGUGUGAAUGCUAUCAAAAUUGGAAGGGAGAUGAUCUUUGCUCUUCAUGCACACCGAGCUAUAUUGGAGAUAAGUGCGACAUUGCCGUUUCUCCUGAGCGYAAUGCAACUGGACAACAGAAUGYCACUAAAGUGUGCCAGAUCAUAGAGAACGGAAGGGUAAUAGGUUUUGACGGUGCACUUUAUAGCUUUUCAAAUGUAGGRGAGUUUAUUAUGAUUUCGUCCUCUGCUUUGGAGCUUCAAGUUCGUCAGGUACCCUGCAAUAACGGGUAUGUUUGCUUAAACGCGUUCGCUUUGYAUUUUGAAGGAACGAACGUGAGCGUACACGCUCCAUACAAUUCCGAAGAAAACGUCCUUAUAUACAUCAAUGGGGAAAACGUAUCUCUUGAYAAACAGACUCUUAAAAACAUUGCUAAGAAAGGCAUUUCUCUCACAAUGCUAACACUCAAAAGGCUCUUGGUUACCAUUCAAGGACAUCUAUCAGUAUACACGACAAUGUUUGAUCGCUAUCUUGACAUCGAGGCCACGACUGAYAGCAGUUACUGUUCCAYCUUUAAAGGACUUUGCGGAUCGUGCGAUCCRGAUAGAYAUUCUUCWGGRACRGUGCUAGGAAAUGUUGGAAAGAGCAACGGAACAGGUGUUUCUAUUGGRRAUUACAUCAAGACUCACAUCUCUGUUAAACCGAGUGACUCUAAUAUUGUCAUUGAAGAAAGCGUCCACAAAGAGACAAGGAUUGUUUAUGGUGGAUUGUAUUGUCUCUCUUUUAGAUUCUCUGCYGCAGUAUCUCAGAGGAUAACAGGUGUGUUCACUCAUGGUUCCAUGACCAUUCAGCUACUAAUUCACUCGUGCGARCCUCACAUCUGUGGUGGUGUUAUUAUCUCUUAUGCUUCGAGACUAACGUUUUACGUUAGCAACCACGUUACCGUCAAAGCAGGAAUCGGCAAUGAAGUAUAUGACACAGGAAUUCCAACUGAAGUGAACAAGUGGAACUUAAUAUCUGUAGUAUUCAUUCGAAAAAGCCUUCAGCUGUCAAUYUAUAUUACAUCAUCAGCUGGYAUCACUCAAGGAAAGUCGUUCGUUGUGAAGAUUGAUCCUUUCGUCGAUGGUGGUACUCUAGCGGUUGGACUUUGGCAGCCCUCGUCUGGGGUCAGAAGCACUCGAACAAGCCAUGUKUUUAKAGGAAUUGUUGAUGAAAUGAGAGUAUGGAAGAGGRCUCUAGACUACGCUGCGAUAUCACAAAGCUUUUCAGUUAAUGURCAAGUYGAUAUGUCGACGCUYACUGGUUUGUGGAAGUUUAACGAAGGAAAAGGUUACAUGACAAAAGACCUUGUKGCACAAAACCAUUUCUUCUUCCCAAARUACCCAAUGAGAYCUCCAUCGUGGUUGUUCUCUAACGCUCCUAUUCRCUACGUUCCAACCGUGAAUCCUAAUAAUAACAAUGAAACAAUACGACUGUUGGCGUCUCGUAUCUGUACACAACUUAUACURACGGGUCCCUUGUAUAACGCGUGCUCAAGACUUGGAAACGUAACCCUGGAGUUCUACUUACAGGCUUGCCUUACGAAAGUCAUCUCGUCAGGCCAGAUGACGCAUUCAAUGACWACAAUCGUGGCCUUAUCGGAUUACUGUCAAUUAACACUCAAGCUGUCAUUCUGGCCAGCGCGAYCGCUGUGUAAUGAUUUCCCAGGUAUGGACUUCCCGAAUUGGAUUGGCGACAACUGCUCUACUYYAUGUAUUUACGGAAAACCUUCAAAUYUAAGUCAAGAUAUCUGUGUCUGUCAUAAWGGCUAUUAUGGUAUCAACUGCUCUAUGGUUUGUCCAGGCGGYGCACUAAACAUCUGUAACAAGCAUGGAUCGUGUGACCUCUCUGGGAUGUGCACGUGUGAUAUUAACUGGGCCGGGGAUGUUAAUUGCAGCUCUUGUUCAGACGGMUGGAGUGGAAGUGACUGCUCUUUGGCUGUAACUGACCCAAUUCACAAUGGUUUAGUAGUUAGUGUGAGUGCUGUAUCCAUCCGUGGGCAUUUCAGUAUAUUCAAUGGCUUGAGUUUUGUGCUACACAUUACUGGCGAGUAUUACUUAAUCUUUUCAUSUGAACUUUCAAUCUAUGUGCAAGCUCGCUUAGUAUCAUGCUUUCAACAAGCUUCUUGUAUCAAUGCCAUAGCUAUUCGGAUCUCAACACACACUUUGGUUAUCCAUGGACCAUAUUCAUCCGAAGGCAGUCUUGUUUUGUGGCUUAAUGGUACUGUUAUAGACAUUGACAUCAACCCUCCCUCGAUUGGUGUACAUGGUUUUACCUUUGUGAGGGUUUCGGUCGGACUAUAUGAGUUCAAACACCACGAGGUGACGGUCUACAUUCGGGUUGAAGGACGUUACUUAAACCUUAGAGUAAAGGCUUCGGACAAACUCUGCAAUGGCUCAUAUGGACUUCUUGGGGCCUGUAAUAAAGAUAUUAUUGAUCUUCUKGAGUCAUACAAUCCACCGACAAACUGUUCAGAAGACAUGCACAACAAAACCGAACACAUCCAAAAUCAAAAUACGAGUGGCAAAAAGAAUGCUAGUACAGCCAAAAUCAAAGAACUGUCAGCUAGAGUUAAAAUUCUCGAGUGUGAGAGUCUUUUUGUUUAUUCGUACAAMGAAAUUACAGAAUAUCGAGGUGCCACGGCUGGUUAUGCGGUUUUCUUUAACGGAACUGCGUUAGUAACAACAACAGUCAUCUAUACCGCAUUGUUAUCCAACGAUAUUACCAUUGACCUGAUGAUUAAUAUACAACGACAUGGACUAAUAUUCUCGUACGGUAAAGAAGAAACAUUUUACUUGACAAGCAUUGAAGGAACACUUAGCAUACACUAUUGCAAGCACAUAUACAAGACUAACAUCACUGUAGCUCUUAAUACAUGGACACARCUGAGCUUGGUAUAYCAACGAUCUAUUAGCAAACUUCAGGUGUAUUACUUUUUGACAGAUGGUAUCGUGCAGCGAAUAGAUCUGGAUAUCUCCCUGAAUAUAAAUCUUUUGGAAGCUGGAGGGUAUUUGGCAUUAUUUGGAUGGUUCCCUCCAUUGGUAGGAGCCCCUUCAUCACCACCAAUAAUCAGCAUUGGCUUUAUAGAUCAAUUCCGUAUUUGGACGCGUUACUUCCACCCUGCUAUUAUUCAACAGAUAUACAAACGAGAAGUUUUAGUAGAAACAGGUACUCUUGCGCACGCUUGGAGAUUUAAUGAAGGUGAGGGAGGGAUUUCCACGGAUACCUUUGGUGGGGUCAAAUUCAAAAUGACGACCACACCUUGGAUAGUUCCAGCGUGGAAGUUCUCGGAUGUUAUACUAAAAGAACCGUUCUUCCCAGCUGGACCGACAUAUAACUUUGCUAAUGAAUCACUCAAGAACGAUUCUGAAAAGUUUUGCAAAGUUUUGUUUUUCACUGGACCGCUUUUCAMAGCCUGUGGUAAACUUGGGGAAGGUUUGUUAACUUACUACUAUCGAUCUUGUCUUCAGCGAAUAGCAUCUUCAGGACAUAUAAACUCGUCUAUGGAAGUAGUCAUCGCAUUUUCUGACUACUGCCAAACUGUAUUAUCUUUAAAUACUUGGCCUGCAAAACCACUCUGCAACAAAUUUCCAGGAAAGGAUUUUCCAAUUUGGUAUGGUUCACAGUGUGAUCAGAAAUGUGAGAAUGGGAUCAAAGUAUUACCAAAUAAUUGUAUUUGUCAUGUUGGUUACUGGGGAAAUGACUGCUCUAAAGUCUGUCCUGGUGGAGCUAUAUCGCCGUGUUACAAUCAUGGACAAUGCAAUGCACAAUCUGGACAAUGUACAUGUGAUGUAAGUUGGAAGGGUGUGGACUGUGCAACGUGCUCGAACGGGUGGAAAGGACAAGACUGUUCUCUUGCCGUCGUAUCAAUCAAGACUUCUCUUCAUGUUUCAUUUGCUGUGUCGUACAGUGGACGGUAUGUUACGUUUGACGGUGUCAGUUAUACCUUUUUAGCUAUUGGUGAAUUUUAUGUGAUUUAUUCGACACAACAUUCCUUGAUUUUGCAAGUACGACAAGUUCCGACAGCUCUUCAUUCAAUCAAUAUCAACGCUAUUGCUCUUAAAGUUAUAAACACUGUAAUAACAUUCCAUGGUCCAUAUGUGACAGGAGGUCUUCCUAYCCUAUGGGUGAACAAAACAUUCACUCCAAUUACUGGUCUAGCUACUCGUCUGGGACCUGUCCAUCUUGAUAUACGAUUUUGGGUUGAGUCACGUGAUCGCUACGUUAUUGCGUGGAAUGACAACGUCAUCAUUCACAUACGUGUUGAUGGCCGUUACCUGAGCUUCAAAGCAGACGUAAAGAGCCAAUACUGUUUUAAGUCAAUCGGUCUUCUGGGGUCUUGUGAUAACAAUGCUAACAAUGACCUGGGAUAUAUACCAAUAGACAAUGCAACACAGAGACAGAUUGAUAAUGUUUUACCAAACAAGUUUAAGUCUAACGAAGCUGAUAGCUUAUUUGUAUUGCAACAUGGCUAUUAUAAGGAAUUAGGCAGACCAUCUGGUGGGAUAUAUGCAUUGAUGUUCAACAGUACUGGCGUCUCGACGGGGCCUCUUAUGAAAAGUAUUGUAAACAACUCAGACCUGACCAUCGAAUUGCUGUUCAAAUCAUUUGAUCACAAAGGRACAUUACCAUGGCCACGCCCUGCCUGGGUGUACUCUGAUGCAGACAUUAAAACAAACGUAACUGUGACAUCUUUACCUUACUUUGACAAGAACGUAACCUUUCAAAAAGAAGCAAAAUCGUUGUGCUAUAAGCUCUAUUUYGAAAGUCAGCUACACAGCAGCUGUAAGUCUCUCAAAGCCGAGAUUGAAUUCCACUAUAUGCUCUGUAUUCAUGAUAUUGGAACAAGUGGAGUGCUGUCAUCCUCGCUUGGCGCCCUUAUYACAUUCGCCGAUCACUGUGAAACUGCUCUAAAUCUAUCAUUUUGGCCCGCUCAAAAACUUUGUAAUUCGAUUCCCGGYGCUGYGUUYCCUAACUGGAUUGGCGACAUGUGUGACAAGGCCUGUGUGUUUGGAAGAGCUAAAGUUGAUGACCGRAACAUCUGUGUUUGUAACCAUGGAUACUGGGGUASUGAUUGCUCAAGGACCUGUCCUGGUGGAAUACUCACAACAUGUGGUAGUCAUGGAUACUGCGAUAAACAAUCUGGAACCUGUAUWUGCGACAUCAACUGGCAAGGCAAUCAGUAUUGCACGUCUUGUAGCUCGGGUUGGUUUGGACGUAGUUGUCAAUUUGCUGUAACUAAGGUUGGAAGUUCAUCUCGUGCACUACAAAUCGCGUCCAUAGGAAAUUUUGGUUAUUACAARUCGUUCAGUGGGCUGUGCUUCACCUUGCGUACUCACGGAGAGUUCUAUCUUCUUMGCUCAACCGUACUCAACUUUGCAAUUCAAAUACGACGCGGGUUUUGCAGUGGCAGUCUGUACUCUACAACAUGURCAGUUGCAGUUGCCUUUAGUUACAAGAACGUCCGAAUCGCUAUCAGAGCACCUUUGACCACCGUCUCGAAAACAAAAAUUACAUUCCCGCUUAUCUGGAGAAACGGGAGCCCCAUCCGUGUUGACCACUUUACUCGCAUUGGUGUUSACUUUGUCAUGGUGCGUAUCUCUAACGUCGCUUACAGGAUAACUGGACCCAGUGGAAUUAACUUUGUCAUUACGGUUGGCCAGAGUUUAGGGCUCACAGUUAAUUGUCCAAAGAUGUUUUGUCGAAACUCUACAGGUCUUCUUGGAUCAUGUUCUUAUAAACAUUUCAACAACACUUYGWCWGUUGAGAAUACAUAUAAAGAUCUUAUCACGGGUGCAGCGGUCGGUCAAAGAGACUCUCUWUUUCAAUAUGCCUAUGGUGGUUAUCAAGAACAUCGAAUCAUAACGGGUGCAGGAUUUUGUGUAMGGUUUACGGAUAGCUUUGUGAUUUCUAAAUCUUUGGUUAUUCCACAAGUCGAUGUACUGACACUAGAACUUCUUGUACGUAUAAGGACUUAUGGUGGUGUARUACUUUCCUUUGCGAAUAAGAACACAUUUGCAGUAAUCAGUGAAAAGACAUUAAAGAUAGCCUAUCACAAUCAAGUGUUUGAUACAAGAAUUGCWUUGGAGACCCAGCAAUGGAAUCAAAUAUCAUUGGUGUUCUAUCARUUCAUAGGGAAACUUGAAGUUCACUGUUUUGAUCAUGUAGGCGAGCUCAAAGUAAGAGUAUUCAUGCUUGAUAGAAAUGUUUUUGCGUCUGGAGGGGURCUUGCCUUUGGACAGUGGCUUCCAUCAAUCGAACGAGCUCAACCUCCCAAGUCAGUUUUCUAUGGCGACRUUGACGAGGUAAAGAUGUGGCAGCGCAGGACAAACCCGGAUAUCAUAAGAAGAAAUCAAAAUCUAAAUGUUCUUCCKGGAAUCUACCCAGAUCUGUUGCAUCUUUGGAAAAUGAAUGAAGUCGAAGGCGCUGUCAUUAAAGAUAAUGUAGGUAAUGAUGACCUUUACAUGAAAAAAUUCCACGAACCAGAGAGARAUUUCUCCAACGCCGAUGUACCAUUUGUAGAUCCUAAACGAAAACCUACUGGAACCAAAACAGCCGAGGGAAAGUUAAGAGACRUUUGCAAGGAUACACUUCUUGAAGGCCCWCUUCAUGAAAACUGUAUUGAAUUAGGUGAAACACUUGCUCAGUCGUACUAUAACUCAUGUGUAUAUGAUACGAGUGUUUCGGGAGAUCCUGAGUCAGCAAUAGAUUCYGUCRUUGCAUUUUCYGACUACUGUCAACAAGCAUUGAACUUAAAGGAAUGGCCAGCUCGUAAACUUUGCAAUCAUUUUAAACGUAGACGGUUUCCUGAUUGGGUUGGCCCUCUUUGCGAACAGAGGUGCAAAUUUGGUUAUUCAAACUUUUCCGAAGACAACCCUGGAAAUCCCACUUGUAAAUGCGAAGAAGGAUACUGGGGGAAGAAUUGUUUAAAUCUUUGUGAUGGCGGUCUGUUCAACGUUUGUAAUAGUAAAGGUACUUGUGAUGAUUCAACUGGACAAUGUAAAUGCUUCGAUAAGUGGAAUGGUACGGACCAAAACUACAAUAUCAAUCGUAAACUACCUUGUUCAACAUGCACACAAGGCUGGAUGGGAACGGACUGCUCUAUAGCGGUACAGGCACCGCCUGAAAGUGAACAUAAACCRCAGCGUAUGUCUAUAAACUUUGGUGAUCCUCACUUUACAGCAACUGAUGGGGUGAAUUACAAUUUUGAAGUUCCAGGAGCAUAUCACUUGAUGAUACAUAAACUAUUUUCCGUUCAAAUGCUUCAAGUACCAUGCAAUARUCAAGUGUCCUGCAGAAGAAUAAUGGAAAUUGUGAUAAAAACUGUACCUUUUACACUUUCUGUAAAAURCAUGAACCUUACAACGACCAAGACGGUACUCUACGAUCAAUCUAGAUCCAAAGAACGGACCAAAGAACUAACUAUAACAAAAAGUGACCAAUACAAGCGUCUUCCUUCGGCUGAGAAGAUAAAGUCUAAAUAUCGCUGGCUCACUGCUGAUAUACUCGAGCUGUACUUCUCUAAAAAAGAAAGAAUAUACAUUCUUAUGUCGAAAGGWACCCUUGGAAUAGCUUUUGAGCUGCCUGCGGAAAGCAUUCAAGCGACGAAAGGUUUGUGUGGUGUGACCAAGCAAUGGAUAACAAGCUUAACAAACGUUACAAAUGGAACUAAACUCAAUCAAAAUUACAUCGAUAGGGAGUUGUUCRCGUCGCAACGGGUUGGUGUCGAGAAAAUAGUGUUAACUAGCGCAUUUGCUCGGCAGACGAUAACAUCUUCAGGUUUUGCUAUGGAUCUCACUAAUAAUUAUCUAAGCCUAGUAAUGGAUUCCAGUCUYCCUACCAUGGAUGAGUUCACAAUAGAGUYUUGGGUGUGCUUAGUAAAUGCAGAUUCGUCRGUGGUGAARUUGUGCUCUUCUUCAAAGGGAAAUAYAACAGCCCUUACCAAYAAACAUGGUUUAUUCUCGAUGUCAUCAAAUACCAGUACAUUUGCUAUCAUCUAUGACAAGGGUAUUCAAGUASUAUURAAYGGGAAAACUAUCAACACMAGCUUGACCAUUUAUGAAGGUGUCUGGACCCACAUCGCMAUCACGUGGCGUUCUAAUGAUGGGCGUGUGAAUGUCAUGACGUCAGGCAAGAAUUACAGUGAAGAUAUGUUUGGUGUUUAUAUGGGUGYAAAGUUUGUCCCUGUCGGUCUGGUGUUAGGUAGAGCUAUGRACAGAGACGGACAGAUUGUCCAGGAAUAUAUUCUCCGUGGUACAAUGGAUGAGCUACGAGUAUGGCAGUAUGCAAAAAACAAACACGAUGUCUCUUCKCUAARAAAUAUGAAGAUWAACUAUCACAGCGGACUUCUGAUAGUCCUUCCUUUGGACGAAGGAUAUGGYAGCUUUGCGUUAGGCAAGAUGUACAACCCUAUUAACGUUUCUCCUGCUAUUCCUAAAGAACAGCCAAAAAGUCAAGUCGGAAAAKACAUUACAUUCAUAGCAYAUCCUCAAAGUGUUGCACCKGUKUGGCUAGCGUCAGGUAUUGCAGUAAAUCCUCCAACAGACUACAAAGUACUCUUCAGAAAUGAAAGUCUUAGAGAUCAAGCAGUCAAGAUAUGUAAAGAAUGGUUCUAUAGUGAUAAAGUCCAAGGUUUACAACUAUGCAGUACUGCACUGGUUGUUCAAGCACAGUUUUAUUACGAAGCUUGUAUUGCAGAUAUAGCUGACUCAGGUAGCUUGGCUCACUACAAGCUAUCAGUGAGCUUUUUUGGAUUGUACUGUCAGCGGGUGCUCAAUAUCAAAGCAUGCUUACUGCAUGGGACAUUCGAUGCAUUUCCACCAUGCAAGAACUCAAAUGAAGAAAAGGGUACAACUAUACCUGUUGUCGUCAUUACUACUGCUACAGUAGUUCCUUUAUUGUUUAUAAUCUUCAUUAUCGUUAUCGUUCUUAUUAUCUGUAAACGAAGGAGAAGAAAAAAGAAACUUGAAGGACAAACUAACGAGCCGAAAGGGCUUCGCAGUUACACUUUGUCUGGACAAGGAGUUGCUUUUUACGAGAUGAACGUUUUACAACAUGAAAGUGAUCAAGAGGGUGAUACUUCUGCUUCACCAUCAGUUCCUGGAAAAGAUAGCCUUUCUAAAAAGGAAACCYAUCAAAGUGCAAAAGUACUAAUGUAUGGUAAUGUUGGUUCUGACUCGGGAUCUGAACAAGACGAUACAUUUGGYGAAUCAGCWCAAAUUUCUCCCAAGAAAACAAAAARGAUUUCACUCUCGGAGGACACUUCAAAGAGAACCAAAAARYCGGAAAAAGACAUCGCUAAAGAAGAGUGUCCAAGUAAAGCAUUACUUUUGUACGAAUCGGACUCUGAGGAUGAUGCCAAUGUUGAUUYUAAAUUCAACCUCUCUUGCCGAUCAUCCGAUUCUGACAGURAAUCGAAAGCAACAAAGACUGGACCAUCCCUGAAAACAUUUGGCUCAGAUCGAUAA